UUUGAGAUAUAGGCAGGUUAGGGUUGGUCUUUAGGGGAUGAUUUUCUCUUUUUCUUAGAUAAUCAGUUUAAGAUGUUAUAGAGAUAUCCAAAUGAUAAUUAGCAGCGAGAUUGAUGAAACUGCCUCCAGCUAUUUUAGAUUAAAUAUAGGGAGUUGCCCUUAGCUCUGUCAUUUACAAGUAAUACAAAGAGUAAUGUUUAAAGCUAAAAAGGUGUCAUGUGUUUGAUAGUCAAAAAUGUCUCCAAACAGCUGCCACUCUGUUAAUAAGAGUCAAAAAUGAGCCUGUAGAUAGUUUCAGGCGAGCUGUAGGGUUUAAACUCCUGUUUUUCAGUGAAUUUUGAACAUCCUGAUGAAACUGCGAAAACUUGACUUGUUUUAUUUAAGGGCUGCGUGAUUUGAGUCAUGUCAGAAAAUGAAAACUAUUAUUUGAGAUAUUGGCAGGUUAGGGUUGGUCUUUAGGGGAUGAUUUUCUAUUUUUUUUCAACAAUCAGUUUAAGAUGUUAUAGAGAUAUCCAAAUGAUAAUAAGCUGUGAGAUUGAUGAAACUGCCUCCAGCUAUUUUAGAUUAAAUAUAGGGAGUUGCCCUUAUCUCUGUCAUUUACAAGUAAUACAAAGAAUAAUGUUUAAAGCUGAAAAGGUGCCAUGUGUUCAAUAGUCAAAAAUGUCUCCAAACAGCUGCCACUCUGUUAAUAAGAGUCAAAAAUGAGCCUGUAGAUAGUUUCAGGAGAGCUGUAGGGUUGAAACUCCUGUUUUUCAGUGAAUUUUGAACAUCCUGAUGAAACUGCGAAAACUUGACUUGUUUUAUCUAAGGGCUGCGUGAUUGGAGUAGCUAUGAGUCAGAGAGCCUCAUGAUAAAAUCACUUUUAACUUAGCUUUAAAGAAAUCCUCAGGAGACCUACUACUACGCGAUUAGUCAAGCAGGUCUUUUCACUGCAGAGAGAGAGAGAGAGAGAGAGAGAGAGAGAGAGAGAGAGAGAGAGAGAGAGGAAGGGAGGGAGGCGGCUGUAUAGGGAGGGGGGUCACCUUUUGUGCAAAUAUAUCAACCAAGAAGACUACCACCAGCAUCAGAUUUCUGUGUGUGUAUGUGUGUGAGAGAGGGAGAGAGGCACUCCUUUGCACAGAGAGAGAGAGAGAGAGAGAGAGGAUAGAGAGAAGUCCAGAAAGCUUUGGAGCAUUGAAGGAAGAAAGAAGACUUGCUGCUACCACAUUUCCAACCAUUUGAACCAAAAGCAAAGUGAAUACUCCUCUUUGAAAAACUUGGAAAAGCAGCCAUGGACGGGAUAACACUCGGACGCGCGUCGCUGCUGUGCACCUUGCUGCUGUGGGCAUUGCAAGGUAAGUCAGUCUGACACUUUUUUACCCUAAAAAAAACCUUCAAAGUAACUUUGUCACGCUGUGGGCACGGUGCCGGCUGUUUUCUAUGGCUUUAGGCGACGAAAUUUUACUUUGCUCUGAUGCGGACUCGGGGUAUAGGGGUCCGGAGCUGCCGGGACAGACCUGUCCUAACAUGCCGCGGUCAGAAGCGGCUCAUGAAGUAGUUUUACACAACCGGACACUUUUUGUUUCAACUUCGGGUUUCUCUCGAUUAUGAUGUUAAGCAGCAACUAGUUGCCACCUGUGCCGAUAAGUCGAAACAUGCCCGGAGCAGGUGGAAGCUCCAAUUUACGCUAAAAUCCACUCAAGUUCUGUUACUUUUUGUCCUGAACUAGUGAAAAGCAGGUCACCGGGUUUUCUGUAAUGUAUCAUAGGCCAAUGGUGUGUGUCUUAAGCUACUUAAAUGGUAAAACUCAGCUCCCCCACUGUAGCGCACUUUCUGUGGCACCAGGACUGCGGCACGCCGCUACUUCACAAGAUACCGCCUCCUAUCCACACACCACAGCCUUGUACAACCCGAAAGAACCUGUGUGCAUAUUACAUUGGAGGUUGUCAAAAUAAAAGACCGUCCAGAGGAAAAAAAAUCUGUGUCAGUAGAAAGUGUAGUCCGUAUUUAUUCAUGGUAAAAAUACAUAUACAUGUUUCCUACAUCAAAAAGAGUUCGUCCUUCAUACAUUAAAAAAGAAAAGCUCUUAUUUUGAAAUCUGUCUCAUUCAGGCUUCUAUGUCUGUCUCUUGGCUGCAGUUUCUUGCGCUUUGAUGUCUGAUCUGCGGGAUUUGCGUCUCCUUUGCUGGCAGUGUGCCUCACCCUGAGCACCCCUGGGUGCUGCCAAAGAGACUAAGCCAGUUUAAAUUCAACCUGUCUUAGGCCUUAUAAGAACUUUGUCAAAGGGAAAAUCUGAGAACAGACUUGUUUAAGGAGUUGAUGGAGAGCUCUGGAAGUUUAUUCUUAGUCAUGAAUUUAUCAUGGAGAUUUAUCUCCCAUGAUUACCUUCUAACUGGUUUAUGGCUCCACUGGGGAGACUGUGGUUUUACUGCAGGCUUUUUAUGGUGUUUAAAGCUCCUUUUAGUGUCACCAUAAUAUUUCAGAUAUUAACCGCAUAAAUAUGUAAUAUAUGACUUGUUUGAUGUUGGUGUGUGCUUUAUGUGUUCGUCUUAAAAAUGUGUUACUUCCUCCAGAGGUCCCAUCUGCAUAUUCGCUCGUCAAGAUGAAAUUUGUUUGAAUUCUUUUUGGCAUUUGGUGAAACUUAUUCCUAAUUCCUCGCCUGUGCAGGCUGUCUGUGGUGCUUUGAAGCAGGAUGAGCAGUAGGGCGGGGCUGGGUUGCUGGGCGACUCCCCUCUCUCGCUCUCUCUCUCUUCUCCACCUCCUCCUCUCUCUCUCUGGCGGUGCUCAAUGCAUCAAUUUUGAAUCCUCAAGAACAGAUUUGGAAAUGUAUUUUUUUAAACCAAACUGAGCUUUUCUUGCAUUUAAAUCUGAGUUUACCAAGCGUUCAUUAAACCGGAUGUCCUUUCACGACUGUCCCCUCCUCUGCUCUCUGGCCUCUGAGACAGUUGUUGCACUUUGCUGUCUGUCUGCCCUUCAUGGAGCCUUUUAACAGGUGCUGAGAAGUGCCUUCUAAUUGAUGAAUGUGGUGCAGAUCGCACACCCUUACAGCUGUGGUGCAUUGAUUUUAAGGGUGAGGUCUUCUCCAGGUGCAGACCUCACCCUGCUCCACCACGCUGCCCUUAAAUCUAAGGAAAGAAGAGUCGCUAUUUGACUCAGAGCUCAAAAUGUCAAUUUCAAGGAACACAAGUCGUCAAAUCCCUCCCUCUAUCUCUCUUUCUCUCCCUCUCUUGCAUAGUUUUGUCUAAUAAUAGCCGCCACUCUAGCUGGGUCUCACUGGGAUUCUGUCACACAGACCCACAUUCUCACAAUUGCUGGUCACACACUUGCAGCUUGCAGCUAUGUCAGUCCUGAGCACUAAAUAGGGAACCAGGGGAUGCAUAACAGCAGGAUGUGUCAUCUCCUCAAAGUGUCACACAUUAUUUCAAACAUAUUUGUCUGCAAUUAUUUAUGUACAGUUGUUGUAAAACAUGCACAUGGGGUGCAUGACAGCCAUGGGCGCCCCAAGGUGCUCAGCAUGCCUGUGCCCAGGAUCUCGGUGACCUCUUGACCCACUCACCCACAUAUCUUGGUGAAUGACUCCUGCUUUGCGCUCCAUACAUGCCAUAUCUUUCUCUAGUGCGGCGCAGGGAGGUAUGGCUGUGAUGUGAUGGUAUUUGACGGCUUGAAAGUUUGUACUUUUGGGCCCAUGUUUGAAAAAGUACUUUAAAAAAUCACUGCCCUUUAAAAGAACUUUCACAGUUUGAAAGUACAAAGUCACACAAAGUGGGUGUUUUUCUCCAGCAGCACUGCCCUAGUUUCUCCAGUUUCUUUCACUCAGAUUCUUAAAUGUUGUAAGGACAAAAAGAACAAAGUGACGUUGAGGUAAAGACACAAAGGGAAAGUCAAACACUCAGAUAAGUCUGAUUUAAACUGUAGCGACUCCAAAGUGGUCUGAACCGGGUGGAGAGAAUCGAAAUGACAAGCAUCAGCUGAGUUCAAGGUGUGCAAGUCUAACACGCAGCGUCAGCCUCUUUGUCUAUCGCGGCUUUAAUUCCCACAGUCAUUUCCUCACUUUUAAUUUCUGUCCCCCCUGCCAGCACAGAAUCAAAAGUUCACCCCCUGCGGCCGUGUGUAAUUAUUAUGGUAUUAGGACCAGAAAAAGAGCCAUUUAGGCAUGAGGAGAUAAAAGCCAGGGGACCUCUUUUACAACUAUCCUGGGGCGCUUCAUUUUUCAGACUUUUGCAAGCUCACACGUGUGCAUUCAGAUUUACUGAUAGGAAUUCGUGGUUUACACUCAUUUAUAGGCCAACUACACUGACACAGACAAAGUGGGAAUAAUUUAUGUUGUGGCGCAUACAUGCAGAGUCCCUAGCUGCGGGAUUCUGGGUGUUACACAACUCUGGAGGCCAUAGCUCAUAUAGCAGUGAGUGACAGAUUGAUGGAGCUUGCGUUGGGAGAACAAGUCCAUGUUUGCCCCCUUGUCAUUAGGCCUCCGGGGGAGCAGGGUCUUGGAAUGGCUUUGCUAUGUGUGUGUGUAUGAGACAGUAGAGGAAUAGGGCACUGGGAUGGAAUGAGCGGCAUUCCUGCGGACACGUCGCAGCUCGCUCUGUAAUGUGUGUGUUUGUUUGUCAUCACCUUUAGAUUCUAUAGAGAGAGGGGCUUCCUAUUCUCGGGAAAAGACCCCUGUCACCGCAAGUCACCGGCUGAGAUCCUCAUUCAAACACGAGGCCACAAAAGCGGCUUCUGUCUCGCCGUUUAGUGGCGGUUUUACAGGUGCAAACUCGGAGUUUGUUCACAGUCACGGGUGCAUUCUUGUGGUUUGACUGGGUUUCACUCAGCCGUACAACCAGGGGGCACUGGUUAAACAUUACUUAGCUAGAGUAAAGAGAAGGUUCUGGCUGUUAGGAUGUUUUGAGUAGGGGAUUUUAGCUCGCAUGUGUUUCACGUACCCACUAGUGUGAAUAAUUCAGACUGACUGACACAUUAAAGUCAAUUCAAACAGGUUGUUAGCACCCUGAUGUUGUAAUGUGAGCACGCAGUUGGCAUAGAUGGGCAGCCGGCGGGCUAAUGAUGGUAGGUUUUCUGCACAUGGUUAAUCCUGGUUUGAAGAAUGAUCUGGCUCUCAGUGGAGACAGGAAAAAGUUUAUCCCCUCUUUUUUUCAUCCUCACAUCCUCACAGGAGCUUCAAAGGAGUUACAUAAACCUGUGAUUACACACACACACACACAUCCACAGGUCCUCAUACAUAAACAAAAGGUGUAUUUUAUCCUGAUUACCUUUGUUCCUGUUCACAUCUCUCCCCUUCUUAUCUUUGACGUUCCUUCUCUCAUUUUUUCUCUCUUUUUGUUCUUUUAAUGACACUUCAUUGUACUUUUUAAGGCGGUGUGUUUGCUUGCUGUGAUGUUGUCUUUUCCGCUGUGCUUUUGUGUCUAGGUCACAGUUAAUAACCCUGAGUAGCAUCAGGAAAAAGUGCCCUGCUGUGUUUUAGUGGGAGAGGGCUCUGUUUGUUUUUAACGCCCGUUCCCCGAGCUGCUUUUCCUCAGAUUUAUGGCCACUAUUGAUGAUUUUAAAAUAAACGCACCCAUCCUCCCACUAGGCAUGUGCAGUUUAUCUCCCUUUCCCAAUAAAUUCCAAUAUGGUUCCUGCCUCCGCCCUGUCUAUGUUGCUUUAGAGUUGCAAAGAGGUUCGACAUAUCACUGUUGAUAGAGAAAAAGAGGAAAAGGUGGAAAAGCAGCUGGUUAGAAAGUUGUUUAGAUCAGGUCUUUUGCUUUGAGGGUACUUUGUUGUCAUUAGCGGCCAUCCUAGGGAGGAAAGGAAGGAAGUAGGGAGGAAGGGAUGCAGGGAGAGAAAGAUCAAGGGAUAGGAUGAGACAUGAUUACAGCUGACUGUUGUGUUGCCACUGUGCGGCCUUGUUGCUGUGGUCUCGAGGGAGGAAGAUGAUGGUUAAUUUCAAAUGCAGCCUUGAAAAGAUGCUCCAUGUCUGUGCUUGUGUGCGUGUCCUUGUCUCCUCUUCUGUGUUUGUGCUGUUGGUGUUGGUGGGGGAGGUAAUUCAGGGUUGGGAGCGAAAUUGAAAAUUCAAAACAGCUCUUUGGGAAGAUGAGGUUAAGUGCUGCCAAUCCAUUUAGCAACAGAGUGCUGCAGUGAGAUGUGCAGAAGAGACCCUCUGUCUGCAUAUGUUUUAGGUAAAGCCUGGCCCACGCAGAGGGUUUUUUAAAAUCCUGAGUGAUGAUGAAAAUGUGAGAGAGCAGUUUAGUUCUUUUAGUGUGAGAAAAAGCAAUGGUAUGGCCUCAUGGUUGACUGAUAUCAGUUUUUAAAUAGGUGAUUCUGAUACCGAUAAUGUAAGAACAGGUUGGCUGAUGGAUGGCCGAUACAUAAUGUUGAUGUCACAUUGUCGUCAAUGUCGCCAACACCCAGAGUCUUGACCCUGAAAACUGGACCACUCACAAAAUCUCUCAGGUCAUUGGUAGAAAACAUGGCAGUUGAAGGGAGGAUUGUUAAACCAGAUGUUUCCCCAACACAACAGGGUAUCUGAUUAAAAAUACCGAAGUAGAAAUGCACCAUUCUGAUAUUUGGAUCGGACAUUAGCUCGGAUAUUGACAAAUUAACUGGAUAUCUGCUGAAUGAUGCAGAUUAAGCGUUCCGAUCCAGUCUUUUUUUUCUUUUAAUUCAUUUUUCUUUUAAUACAUGGAAGUCUUACUUCUUUUACUGUGUGCUAAUGUGCAUUUUGUUAUUUGUUAAUAAAUAAUAUUAGUUAAAUCUAUAUCUGUGUUAAUUUGUCACCUUUUUUUUGACAAGGCUAACGUCAAGCCUGAUGCCUUCACUCACAGGGCAGGGUGUACAGUUAUUUCAUUCAACAGUAGUAUUGGAUCAGUAUCGGAUAUCUGCUGAUAUGCUUACCCCAGGUAUCGUAUUGGAUUUGAUAUCUCUAUACUGAAUGCAUUUAAAAUUUACGAUCUUAAAUUGUUGAGGCCAUGAUCUAAAAUAAAUCACUCUUAAAACACCGGAGAAUCACAUUAGAGUUAUUGAGUUUGGCCUAACAUUUACCUUUAGCCCAUUUAAGGAACAUACAAAGUACAGAGAUUUCUCUUGUUUCCUUUUUUAACUGUAUCCAGUACAAAUCAGUGUACUAAAAUAUCCGGCGAAUCUCAUUCAUGUUUUGUUUCUGCUAAAAAUAAAAUUUUUGGAGUAUAAUAAACUCUCCUCAUGUCCAGUUGUUCAGUUGCUGGAAUGACUGGAACAAGAGUGAUAAAGGCAGAGAUAGCAGCAGUGAGGAUCAGACAGGCGGCAUACUCCAGGAUUGGGGAAUACCAAUUAAGAAUGGGGAAUGUCACGGAAAAGCCUGGAUCUACAGCCAAGGAGAUCAUUUUCCUGGCAGCAGAGCAGAAAUCCUAACCCCUGCGCCCCUCCAACCCUAAACCCUCCAUCUGACUCUUGGCUGGCUGAGCGUCCUCUGGGAGCCCCGCAAGCUGUUGCUUUUCAGACAUCAACAGUUGCCUCAACAGCAGUUGUUGAAUGCACCCCUUCAGAAAAAAAGCCUGUCACCCCUCCUCUUCAUACACUCACACUUGGGUUCCAUUACCACCUCGUGUCUUUCCACCCCACUAGCUCAUCUCUAGUGUCGGGGGUAGAUCUGUAUGUUUGCUGUGAAAGCACUCCUGGCCUGAUUGUCCCAUUGAGUUUUUAACAUCUCUAAAAAUACUUCUGUAAAAAAGAGAUUUUAAACACUUCCCACAUGGACAGUGAAAUAGAUACUCACUUGCACCUUUGACCCAGUUAUUCCUGCUUCUUCCUUCAUAAAAUUAACUGCGGAGCCUCCAGGGAUUCUUCUCCUCUCUUAUCUCUAUCGCAUAACGAUAACCAUAUAAGAGGAGGUGACUUAAAGUUCACUAGCCUGUAGAAUGUGAUGUGUUUACAUUUGCACAAAUAAGGACGUAUUUGAGCAAAUUUACUCAAACCGCUGCCUUAAAGAUUCGUGGAUCAUUACUCAUCUCUCCUUUAAACCACUUCUCAUGUCCAAUCUCCCUCUUCCAUCUGACAGAGGACAUUCCUGCGCCUCCCCUGACUUUAAUCUAGUUAAUGGUUAAGCAGCGGUGGUUAACCUCUCCGCUGAGGCUGGUCACUGUUUGACAAUGAGAUCUUAUUGCUUUAACGGGGCCAGGGGGACCUGAGAGACAGGAGUGGAAACAUUAAUCCUCCACGCUGGGAAGGAAGAGGUGGAGCAGAGGGUGGAGGAGGGGGAAGAGUUGUUGUGAAGGUAUUUUUGAUGUUUAGUGGUGAUACAGCAUCUUCACACAGGUUCUUACUCCCAGUCCUUCAAAUGGAGGUUCCUCUCCAGCAGCAGUGGUCUUGUAGAGCUAAUUGGGCAAGGCAAUGUCCAAUUAGACUCAAACUGAAUAAAACUGUCCAGUAGGCUUUAACAAAUAACAUCAUUCAAGGUUAAAUCGCAAGAUAAAAGUACAAUCCGUUUACCAUUUGACUUAUACACAUACAAAACUAACAAAGGGAAGUUAAAGCUCCUGUAAGAAGUUUGUAGCCGGUCAUGAAACCAUCAAUGAGAGGACUUUCUGUGUUGUGAUUGUAAAUGCUUGUAACCACUUAAUGCAGGGUAGGUUAGGGCUGGGCGAUAUGGCCUCAUAUCAGUAUCACGAUAUACUGAACAGUUCAGCUCGAUAACGAUAAAUGGACGGUAACUACUCCACAAGCUGCUCAGCCCCUCCCACAUUAAAUUUUGAACUGUCCUCCAUCUCCUCACCCCAUCCAAUCCCUCUUUGUUACAGACUGGAUGGGGUGGAGUCACAUGUCUGACGUAGGACCACGUCUUAAAGGGACAUGAGACCAUAGCCUACCUACACAUAUCCAAAACCAACUUUAUUUGACACCGAAUAUACCGAUUUGGGCAAAAUGACGUAGGUUAUUGUUGUAAAUUUUUGUAUCGGACGAUUUUCGGUUUAUCGCCCAGCCCAAGGGUAGGUGCUGGACAAGUUAGGUGUCACAUUUUUCACAGAGGUGCAGAAAAUCGGUACGCAAAAUAGUCCAAAAUGAAACUAUCUUACUGUUUUUGAAAAUCAAUUUUAGAAGAAUUGAAUCUUCACAAGGCUGAAAGUUCAUUCUCUUUGACCGAUUCUCUGACCUCAACUGCUGCCUCGAGCAAAAUGUUCACACCCUUUAUACUAUAUCACCUGACUGCCACACUGCAUUGCUAUAUUAAGGCAGAGAAUGGUGUCCAUUAAUGGCACCACAAGGGUAACCCUAGAGUCAUAGUUCGACGCUUUCAGCUCGUCUAAUACAAUAUUUGGGUCUUUUUGUUGUCUUUUGCGAUGACUUCAUGUUCAUGUGUGAGAAAAGGGGGUUCCCCAUGUUACCUAAGAACCCAGCCUGACUGUCAUCACUGAACGGAUCCUGUGUCGGCUUUCAGGCCCUCCGAGUCAGGUGACCAGCCCGAAGACAUAACCUCAUUGUUUUAUGGAGGUUUCACUUACCUGAGCCCCUCUAAACCAACGACCACAGCAGGAAAGUUCCUCCCGCUUGUUUCUGCUUGUGUGAACUUGACUUUGAAAGAGAAGCACAGAGGAGUAAAGUUACCAUGCUCUGACUGUUAAUGCUCUCCUCAAGUCAAAUCCUGUUCUUAACUUUAGUUUGAGUCUUCUCUCUGCAUUAGUUACAUCUCUCCCUGGAAUUCUCUUGUCAUAGUCUUUACCACUCCCUUCUUUGUGCCCAGCUCUGCGAAUCAUCACUUUUAUCACGGUGUUUUUCAUUCUCCACAGCGCUCACACUCAUCUGUCUCUUUUCCUCUAACUUAACCUCAAGCUCUAUCCAUCAUCUGUCUCCUAUCCCCACCAGGGACCGGCAAAGAGUACAUGAGUCCUCCUGACCAUGUGUCGUCUAAUCAUCACAAUCGCCUGAACAGAAGGUACCGGUAGAAGCAGAAAUCCCCUGAGUUUUUCAGCAGUAGGGGGAGGUAAUCUUCUCUUUCUGACUGACAGAUAAGCUAAUGACAGUAAUCAAGAAGUUAUUUCUGAUGGAGCAACAGUAUUUACAGAGCUACUCAAGCGCUCAAGUUUCUUUCGCAGAUACAUAGCAACAAAUGCGUUUUUCAGAUUUGUCUUUAUCUUAAUUUUCAAAGCGGAAUUUCCUGUGUUGCUCGAGAAGAGUCGAGUUUCAUGGCUUCAUUUCGAUUUUGUCUAACCGGAAAAAAGUACAAGCUUGUUCUUGUCCGUAUGAAUAUUUAAUCCAAAAUCAAUAGCAUUCAAUUGGGUUAUGACUCCAUCAGGCCAAAUGAUUCCCAAUUACAAGUCCGUGCGAUCUGCACAACAACAAACGUGAUGGAUAGUUAUUGUGAGGAUAAUGUUAGACUUACAGAGUGGCUAACUGAUUUAGCCUCUUGUUAUUGGGGGCUAAAGUAAUUAUAACCCCACUGUUUUGCCUCAAAAGCAUUUUGCAUUUCGCUCUGGCAGCAGGGCUGUGGGGGCGAAAGACCAAAUUUGGUCGCUGAUUAUUUGAACUACAUGGUUCAGAGCAGACAUACAGUGGAUAUUCUUUGUUUUCUUUGUAGCUUUACUGAGUUCAAGAGAUGCUAAGGUCUAGGACAGGCAGCUUAGAGGACCCCCUUUGAUCCCCACUCACAUCAACCACACACACACACACACACACACACACUUCAAGAUUUGUCUCCAUGGAGAAUGAUGAAAGACGCACUGUCAAUUAGCAGUUUGGGAGUGUGUGCUGCACUGUGUGUGUGUGCGCGUGCGCUGAGGUCUAUGCAUUGAAAGCCGUGUGUGAGGGUGGGGUUGGUUAAUGGAAGGGGCAGAGGGGACACAUGUUCAAUAAUAAGGCCUGACAAAGGGGGACAGGCAGAGGGAGGGAUGGAGGGAGGAUGGGAGGACGAUGAAGCAUUCAGUAUGUCUCUGCUUUUCAUUACAUCUCCUUUUCUAUUCUCUACUGGAAAUCAAUAUCAUUACUUGAAUUAGAAUGUUACCCCGCAUUAAAACACAAUAAGUUUGAUGCAGCACAAAGAAAACAUGCAUCUGUGCAGAUUUACAGAAUAAUUUAUUUAAAAAUCAAAAAGACAAAAAAAAGCCACUUAAAAUGUUCUUAUACUGAAAUCUCUUUGACCAACAAAAAGCCAGAAUUAAAAAAAAUCUUCAUCAGCAGUGAUGCAGAAACAAAAAAUCAAAAAUGAGCAAUACCCUUUGUCUUAUUUUCAAUGUAAAAAUUCUCAUGAAACAUAAUAAUGAGCCACAUUCACCUGACACCACCAUAUAUUUGUCUUAUUUCAAGAUGUUACAGGCAAAAUAAGAGCUGUAAUGAGUUAACAAAUCUGCCUGUGUGCUUGUCUAGCUAAAUUUACCCAACAAAAUGGACUGAAUUGAGAAUAACAACUUAAUUAAAGGAGCUGAAGUACAUUUAACUUAUCCAACUGGCAGAUUUUUAACUUAUUACAGGCAGUUCAGGUCCUUAAGAAAAAAAAAAAAACGUUUAUUUCCUUCAAUUAGAUGUUCAGUUGGAUUUGCCGUGUGAAUGUGGCUCAUAUCAAAUCUAACCAAUAAUGUUUUUUACUAGAUAUUGGACAACAGCACAAACUACAUUUGGAGUUUUGGAAGGUUAAAAAAAUCACCACUGACCACAAAUGACGUUCAUGAACUUGAGGUCGUAGACAUACUUGGCUGUGAAAUUAGCUAUUUGAGUAAAUAUGGCAGACUCUGUUUUUGUUGUGUGGCAGUCUGAGUAUAUCAUAAAUAGGCUUUGCACCUUUUCUGUUAACUACUUCAUAAUUCAUGAUAAUAUUAUGAUACUAUUAAAAUUAAAUGAACUCCAGCGCUCAAUGCUCGCUGAUGAAGUUGUAUGGCUCAGCUGUUUUGAAGCUCCUGUGCUUAUAGACUAUAUAGGUGUAAAACACAUUCCUGAAGCAACAUACAUGACUCACACUGUACUUGUGUGUGGAAAUAUGGUGAUUUAUAUGUAUUGGCCUCAAGUGUUCAAGUCUGAGAGCCAAAGUGGAUUCCACUCAACUUUGUUCAUAAUACAACUGCAGCCCUGGGACUUCUCAUUGCCACACCUUGUUAAUGUAUAUUUCAGAGGUCUGUCUGCACCUGAACAAGGCUACAUUGUUAAAACAUUCCUGGAGGCUGUUGGAAUGCAGGUAUUAAUACUGGGCUGAUUACACACAUGGCAGAGAGAGAGAGGAAGAGGAGGAGGAGGGAAGGAAAGGAAAGGAAGAAAGAAGGAAUGGAGGGGAGACGCAGAGAGAGGGGGCGACGCUGAGGCACAGUGAGAGGGUGACAAAGGGUUGGCGAUGUUUUAAGUGCGUGAGUGUGUGUGUUUGUACACGCAUGAAUGACUACAUGGAUGUAUGCAGGUGGUUAAGUCACAGUGUGUGCACCUCCAUACAUGUGAGAAGUCUGCACGUUCGAGAAAGUGUGUGUCUGGAAUGCGUACCCCAUUAACUGAAUUAACACUGCUGUGUGUGUAUGCAAGCGUGUGUGUGUGCGUGUGACAAAGCAGAGAGUUGGUGUGGGGGACAGGACCUGGCUGUGUGUGUGGGCAGCCGUCACUUGGAGCAGUCAGGGCUAUUGGGAGCAUGUGAACAUUACUGCAACCCCAACAUGAACUGAAAUCCGUACUGAACAGAGGUUAUAAAUAGGUGUGAGUGUGUGUGUGACCAGUCCCACUUCGAUGGCUGUACCAGCUGGCGAUGGGACAGUGGUGGAUUUGUAGGAGAGAGCCCGCUGCUACACUUAGCGAGGCCUCACAUGUCUGAGCCAACUCUUGUUUUCUUUUCCAUUUUAUUUAAUAUCCCAAGUCCUCCUUUCUGAGUGGUCUUUUCUUUCACCUUGUCGACACACAAAGCUGCUUGCUGCCUUUUUUUCCUAUUUUUUCAGUUAAAACAAAGAUAACGGUGUGGCAAAGUGUUUUCAAAAUAAUGUUUUCAAUGCUUAAUGCUUUUGAUACUGCAGAAGGAUUGGAAGUAGAAAGGUGAUAUGACACAAUACGAUACAAUACUAUAUUAUACAAUCCGUUACGAUACAAUACGAUAUGAUAUGAUACAAUACAAUAUGAUAUGAUUCAAUACGUUACGUUACAAUACAAUAUGAUACGAUAUGAUAUGAUACAAUACAAUACGAUAUGAUAUGGUACGAUAUGAUAUGACACGAUAUGAUAAGAUAUGAUAAGAUACAAUACAAUAUGAUAUGAUACGAUAUGAAAUACAGUAAGAUUACUAAAGUUAAGAUGAUUUAAGCAGGUAAAAAGAUCAAAAUAAUAGCAAUUUCAUGUUAAAACAUUUUUAAAUUUAAUUUCAGGGCCUACUAUGGAGAGCUAUUGAGGCAUUUCGCCAUGCCCACGGUGAAAACCCAUGCUCCAUGAACCAUUCCUAUGUUUUGGCUAAAGUGGGCUACAUGCUACACUUUCAUUGUUUAGGUUAUGUCUGAUGAGAUUUGAUAAAAACCUUUAUGUAAGUGUAGUGCUAUCUCAUAAGCUCAUGGUUUUAGCCAGUUUAAAUCAAAACCAAGAGGUAAAACAUGUUAUGAGAACAAUUCAGAUAUUUGCACCAAAAAUAUCGUUACUUUAUUUCUGUGCAACAAAAGCUUUUCUUUCUCCAUCAUUCUUCAAAUUUUUGAAUUCUUUCCCUUUUUAAAUCCUUGCUGUGAUUUGAUCGGGAUAUUCUCCCAGUUUGCAUUGUGUCACAUUGAGUCACCGUGGUUGUGGCUCCUGACUCACCAGCUGGUGCUAUAUGAUCCCGGCUGUCAGGGUUAGAGCCUGCUCCUUGGCAAGGAAGUAUGCGAGAUAAAGCCCGCCAAAAAAUCCACCAUCCACUGCCUGCGCCCUCUUCUCAAGCCCCUCACCCACUCACUCCCUACCUCGCCCCAUCUGUUUGCGGUGGUGGUGUGUGCGUGCAUUUGGCGCCGGUUUUUGGGGGGCAGUUGGUGUAACGGUUCAAGAGAGCAUCUGAGCCGGGCCCACCAUCGGCAUCACAGGGCACACAAAGUCAGAGCUCAGUGUGCAGCGCUAACCUCAAGCUAAUGCUAAUUUCCUUGGAAAAUCGGCAAGAUAGGCUACAUGCUAAGAGACCUCGGCCUUAUGGUCACAUUGCUAUCAGCCAAACAAUGGCAUACUUGUCUUCCUGCAGUUCCCACCUGUUCUCCUCCCUCCUUUCGGCUUAAUCCAAGUAUCAAAACAGGACCUCGUGUCCUUCAGAGAACACUUUCUCUCUCUCUCCACCCACUGUGUGCUUUCUUUCUUUUUCUCGAUCCUUGCCCUCUCCCUGUGGACUGGUGUGGCAUUUUCAGCAGGACAAAGGAAACGGUGGCACUGAUGGGGAAAGAGAGGAGACAUGGACUCCAGAUCAUGUUGCAUUUGUUCCUCUUUAACACUAUCUCAACUUCUUUCUCUCUGUGUCCUCAUUUCUUUCUUUCACUGUCUGCUCACCCUUCCCUUUCUCUUGACACUUCUUCCAGUCACUUGUUUGCCCUUUUUUUGCUCAUUUCAUAUCCUCCUCUUUCCCCAUUCUUUGGACUUUCUCUGCUGGUGCAUUUCUUUCUGUGCAUUUCCAUCUUUUCCCACUCCACCAUGCAGUCAGAACCCCUGCAGUGGAUUAUCAGUCAGUUGACUCACAGAGGGCAGCCAAAGCCUCCAGUACAAACAUGAGACAAUAUCCAAAUGAUUGGCUGCCUGGCUGUGGACCGUAGAAACAAGCCUCCAUAUCAGCCUUAGCCAGGCCUGGUCCACUGGUCUGACCAUAAACCACAUUAGCGGGUCACACUGACACACUGCAGCACUCCUGUUUGUUUGCAGCAGCUGCUUUGGUUGUAGCUCAGCAUGGAACAGAAUGAAUUAUCAGAUAAAUACAGAAGCUGCUAUCAUUUGUUUUCGCAUAAGGUUUGUUUUUUUGUGCGUGUGGGCGGGAAGAGGAGUCUGGAUGGCAGAAAUCGUGCUAAGUUAUGCUAAUGAAUGUGUGUUGCCGAGCCCCUCUGUUCUGAUUUCUUUCUCAGAGGCUCACCGGGUCAUGUUCAGCCACUGAGUUUUGUUUUCACUUUAUCAUUCCCUUGCAUCUGUGGAAACACAACAAUUGGCAUCCAAAGCUCAGAGCUAAACCAGCACAGUUCCUGCUGAAUUCAGUCGCUCAAUGCAAAUCCGAUGUAUUUUUAUACAUACUUAAUGCUACUUAUGCAUAUUUUUAUGGCCUGGCACCCAUAUGUGGCCGGUUAUUUGCAAAAUGUUAUGAAUGAAGAGACCAUUUGGUGCGAACAGAGGGUGGUGAGCAUCUGCGUCCGAGUGCGCUAAAUGUAUAUAAAGCCACUUUAAUCUGGGGAACACAUUCUCUUGCGUCUACCGGGUGUUUUCCCGCCCAUCUGCCUCUCCUUGUGCACAGCUGAAACUUUGAGCCGGAGUGUUACCUCCAAGUGUUGCCUCCAUGUGUGUCCCCGCCUCGCCUGCCACCUCAGCCUGAGCCUCGCUGCUCAUUAUGGAGAUAUUCCGGAGGCUUCUCUGCCCCCCAGCUAUCUUUCUGCUCAUGAGAUGGAGAGCUGAAGUCAUGGAAAAAUCCCCGAGCUCUGCUGAUGAUAGCUUCCACGUCGCCUGUCCGUCAACUUGGCUCACUUCUCUCCCACAUUCCUCAGCUCACACUUCUCUUAUGUCUUCUCACCUCUUCCUGGAUUUGACAGCCCCCCUCUGCUCCUCUCUUCUUGCCCUUUUCUCUCUUCUUCCCCUCACCCCUCGCUGGCUUGUACCUGUAUGGACAAGCUUUUGCCUGCUUUUGCAAAGCCCCUCACAAACACCCUUUACCCUCCCCACAAUAAAUGUCAAAACUUGCCCAAGGGCCCCAGCACACCCACAGAAUGUGUAAUUGUAACCCAGCCGUUACAAAAGCAAGCUGUUCUCGGAUGGCAUUUGGUGACAUGUAGACUUCAGGGACGGCCUUUGAGAAAAAACUCUCGUUGGUGACUCUCCUCAAAACAAUGAUCAAAAUCCUGGAAAUGAAAAUCAAAUAGCUCACUCGUUCUCUGUGCUUUGGUUUGAAAAACAUCUUUUAUGAGCCAGUCUGUGAUUUUGGACUCGGUGAAAUGAAUAAUGAAUGAAUGAUGCUGCCGGGAGGUCCAGCCACGCAGCCACUGCUGCUGCAGCCUUUGAGUUCAUCUAAUUGAAACAAGUUCAAAAGUGUCAGGUCUGCUUUUAUCUCCGUCUACUUUCCUUGAUCUCUCCAUCCCCCACUCUUAAAACGAAAAGCACCGUCUGACAGCCAUGAAUAUAGUCAUAUGAUGGAAUAUAUCCAAUGAUAGUGGGUUCACUUCAUGUCGCGCCUCUCUCUCACUCUUCCCCUCUGAGUUUUUCAUGAAAUCAAAGAGAAAUGUUUCGAUAAAAUCCCCCUCUUUAUCUCCACCCCCUUCUUCCAAAAAUGGCCAAAAUUUGAGGAGCACUGUUCAGCAGAUUAGCUUCACUAUCUGAAUGGUCUCCCUAAGCCAGCUACCCUCUAUUUGACCCCAGCCCUCUCUCCUCACCUCCCUCCACCCUUCCAAACGUCCUUCCUCAUCCCCUCCCUCUGUCUCCCCCCUUAUACACUCAAACAUCUCGACAUUAUUACCAGAUACUUGGAGAUAGAGGAGGUGGAUGGGAUGGUGCCAGGGUAGCAGAGGUGUUGAUAGUAAAGCUUCAACACCCUGUGAAACUUCCAGAAGCCUCCUCCUCCUCCUCCUCCUCCUCCUCCUCCUCACACAUACACAAAGAUACACUCGCACAUGAAGUACAUGUUGUCAUCCAGCUUGGCUUUCAGCAGAUCUGUUAUCCUAAAAUACCUGUGCUUAAAAACACCUACCUGGACCAUCUGUUCCUGCAAACACCUACAACAAGACUUGUCAGCUUGGAGAGAAACCAAGUUAAUCUUCCAGGCUUCAGCUUGAGUAAACAAUCCACAACUGUAUUUACUAUAUUUAUGUUUUAAAAAUGCAUGUAGAUUAGUGCUGUUUGUUUAUGUGUUCAAUUAACAUAGAGCAUUACAAAUUAGGCUCAUUUUGGCCCUUUUUGCACACUGUAGUCAGGCCACUGUGGUGUCUACGCUUCUAUCUGCCAACAUCAUAGAGGAAAGCAACACUACUGUCCCUUUGAACAGUUUAGCCAAAAGUUGACUGAGAUUUGUUUUCAGCACAGAUCACCCAGCCCAAGGUCUAAGGGACUUUAAAAAAACUUAUUUGAAAUGUAAAAUACUAGAAUUUAAACGUUCAAUUAAAGAUGCAACUAAUCUGGAUUAACUACAGAUUUAGUUCUUAAUCAUAGAAUAAUUAAUAAACGCCUCAAUACAAAGGCCAACAUAACAAAAAAAAAAAAAACAUCUUCCAAGAUCCACCACAGUACAAUCAUACGAAAGAAGAUUAGGGCCACAAGAAGAGAAAAAAAUAAUUACAGGAGGGAGAUUUUUUUCAGAUUUCCAUUUCGAGAUUAAAGUUGACAUUUCGAGAUUGAAAAAGUCGUAAUUACUUACAAGAAUAAAGUCUGAAUAAGUCCUGAUAUUCUAACCUGUUGUUUAAGAUGACAGAUGUUGGAAUUAGAGCCAUGGAGCAUUUUGUGAAAAUGUGCUUCAAUACAGGUUUCUCAAACAAGGAGAUACUUAAUCUUUUGGCACAUCAACACCACAUUAUCACAAGUAUAAUAAUGAUUUUAUUACGACUUUAUUCUCGUAAUUAACGACUCUAAUCUCGAAGUCUCAAUUUUUCUUUCCUAAUGUGGCCCUAAUACUCUGUCGUAUGAUCGCCAUAUAAAUCCAUGUCUUUUUCUGCCUUUAACACUGCCUUAAAAGGUGAUAUUGGUUUCUAAAACAAUUCCAGCUAAUACAUUUAUCUGAUUUAAAAACUCGUCAUCCCACAAAUAAAAACAACUAAUCUUGGGUCAGUUGACCGGUUGCCAGGAUAUCACACACUUACUGCUGGUGAUCAGGAUAGACUUAAAAGUCCUAUCCUCCAGGUCACUCUGUUCAUUAAAAGGGGAACAUUUCCCUCUUCAUAGCGUCUGCCUCAGUGGUAUGCAGUAGCCAUGAUUAAAGUGAUACAAGGACACCAUGACACACUCCUUCCUCAUGAUUCAUGUCUCUUUUGAUCUUGGUAUGCUGCUGAUCUUCAUGCCACUUUUGCCGCAUUUCCAUUUCUUUUCUCGUCCUCUCCCUCCUCCUAUCAGCGCCUGUCAUCCUCGUAAUCUCAACCUGUCAGACUUCAUCAUCUUGUCAUCACUUGCUUUCUUUCCGGACUCGUUCUGACCUCAUAUGUGUGUUGUUUUUCCUCGAUACGGUAUCUCCAUUAGACAUGUGGUCGGAGUGUUUGCAUGAGAGGUGAGGUAAUGGAGGAGCAGGUUUCAUCAAUGAGUUGGUGCUUGGUUGGAGCGUAGGUGUGUGGAGGAGAUCUUUUUGUUGAUAUGUUUUCAGCCAGUGUAACUACUAUCGGCUCAUAAAUUAUGGGUAUUUUAUCCGUUGAGUGCUUUUUUUUGAAGGUUUUGUUUGUUAAGUCUAAAAGGCUAAUUACUUUGACGAGUUUUAAGUGCCUAAGGUGCUUCCAUUUAAACCACUUUAACUUCUUCUGCACUGGUGUCCUUCUAGAGCUGGGCGAUAAACCGAAAACGUACCCAUACCGAAAUUUAUGACAAUAACCAAUAAUCAUUUUGUCCAUAUCGGUAUAUUCAGUGUCAAUAAAAAAUAAAUAAAUAAAAGUUGGUUGACUCCACCCCAUCCAGUCAGUAACAAAGAGGGAAAGACAGGUGAGGAGAUGGAGGACGGUUCAAAAGUUGUAGCGGCUGAAGUAGACAAAGUUAAUGUGGGAGAGGGCGAGCAGCUUGUGGAGUAGUUAUCAACCAUUUAUCGUUAUCGAGGUGAUUUGAGGCCAUAUUGCCCAGCCCUAUAUCCCCUCCCUAUAGACAAACGCUUAUGUCCCUCAUGACACAUGCUUGCCUUUUAACCAGAAUACCCUUGGAUUUCAGAGGCCAGUGAAAAGAACAGGCGUCAGAGGCCUAUAAUGGAGGGGCAACAUUAUUGAUGAGAUGUCAGUGGGAAACAUAGAGCCUGCAGAACUGUAAAUUUGCUUUUUUAAUAAGGUUGACUGAUUGUGUAAAUGUGACCAUGUGGGAGCAGUCGGGGUCACAGGCCCAUCUGGCGUGGGUUCUCACGGGAGGCCUGUUACUGCACACGUCAGCAUUCGACCUUGCGUAUGUUCACUUUGAAAGGGAGGAAGAGUUAAUGCUAAUUUCGAUGUUGUGUUUUCAUUCCCAAAAGUGGGGCACGUGCUCCAUGUGAGCAGAGCUAGUUGUAGCACUGAAUGGAUCAGAUUUGCUGCAGGGUUAGAGAGCAGAGCUGGAUGUCGUUCAAGGAAUUCCAGUCCAAGGACCCUUAAAGUACGUCAACACUAACAAAGAAAGUGUUUUUAUACUUCAUUGGAGUCCCAAAAUGCACUCGGCUUCUCAUCCAAACACAAUGCAUUCCAACAAACCGGCUGCUAAAAUAAAUCAGUGUUUUUCAAUAUUGUCUUAAAGCGAAACAGUAAUUAGCAGAUUUUCUCUAAAUCUGGGCACAUAAAUAGUCUAAUGCGAGCACACAUCCCGUUUAAAGAGAGAGGAUGAGAAGCCUGAGCAGUUUCGAAAACUUAAGUUCUGGGGCAGGUUGUGUUUUUUUUUAGUAAACUACCAUUUUGAACCUUCUCCCCUUUGUCCCUCCCCCUCACUUGUCUUUGUCUCGUUCCUCAUCCAUGACAACGUCCCACUGUUUUUGUGUGUUUGUUUAUGCAUUAGCUGUCCUUCCCAGAAACCCCCUUCACCCCGCCCUCACCUGCAUCAACCCCCCUCCCAUCCCCUCGCUCACCUUCCCCACAUCCUCCUCAGCCCUUCACCCUCUCUAUCUCCCAUCUCAUUCGCAGGCCCGUGCAGGUUGAGACGCAUGUUGUUUUGUCUCUCUCAGGUUUCACACAUUCCAGAUAUUAUCAGCAGGCUCCGGUUAGCUUAGCUGAUAGCCAUCAAGACGGGGCGGUCAAUCACUUAGCAGACAAUGAGUGAUGGUGGCCUCUGUGCCGAGACUGAUGCCCACAGAUGAAAAGCUUGCACCAGGCGUGGCCUUAACAGGAUAAUAAGUAUAUCACAUUGGACAGCCAUGCAGUUAUCUUGUCUGAUGACUUAGUUCUCCUGUCAGUUAGACUGUCUGUUUGUGCUCUGCAGAAUCACCAGACGAGUGUCCGGAGAAUGAAUCAGAAUAAAAAUAAGUCUUGAAUAUUUAAAUCCGGGUUCAUUUCCCUAAUUAUUUCAUGUGUUGUCUCCCAUUUCUUUUCUAAUCACAUCAUCAUCCAAAGCUAUGAAUAAUAAUGUAAUGACGCAUUAAUGAAUAUGAAAAGUACCGGGAAGCAGAUUGGAAUUUCAUGACGAUUAUAAUAAUGCACCUUCUCGAAGUCUCUGGUGAGGUUUGAUGUGUAAAUGAAGCCGACACUUUUGGUGUCUUCGUCAGAAAAUGUUCUGAUGAUAAGUGGUUUAUUUAAAAGAAUCAGAGCUUGGAAUUGGAAUUAUUCAUGGCUGACAUUUCCUUCUGUUUUAUUCUGUCAUUUUCCGACUCCCUCUUCAUCGCCGUCCUUUAUCAGGAAACGGGCGGACAGUGUUCUCUGAGUUGUCUGUUUAUUUCUGUGUUUGCGUCUGUGCGUGUCUGCCUGCGUCUAUCUAUCCUCCUGUAAUCCAGCCCGGGGGCAGCUCCUGUCCCCUGCAGGCUCAAUGUCAGCAGCCUGACUUUGAUGUCAAGCCACGAUUUAUUUGUGUGUCUCUGCAGACUCCCCCCGCUGUCCACAUAAUGUCAGGCAAUCAAUAAUAAUGUGACCUACCUAUCUACCCCUGCCUGCCCACUGCUUAAGUUAUUCACCCCCUGGCCCUGCGCUGGUUCAGUCUCUGACCCGUCCCUGCCCCUGAAAAAACCCCUUCAGUGCCCGUCCUUCCUACUUUUUCCAAUAAUGCCUGUCUAGCUAUGACAAUAACCUCUAUGUCUGUUACCGUGGUAACAUACAGCCCCCCUCGAGCUAAAACAAACCACUGCAGCACUUGCUUAAAAGAAGAGGCUCCUCCCUGUGGACUCAGAUCAAGAGCGACAGGGUGCAAGAUGGAUGGAGGGUUGCAUAAAGAAAGAGAGAAUUAAAAGAGAGGCUGUUUGUUCAUGAAUAUGUUUAUGCACCCUCCCUCGAACUGCUGCUGUGUUUCUUAGGAGGUAAAGGGGAAUUGGGGAAGACAGGUGUGCCAUUAUGGUGCAGAUUAGCUAGGAAUGCUGGAGGUUAACACAGACGGGAGUUGGCUAACUCCAGCUCCGAGUCCCUUGGGUUUUACUCAAAAAUGUGUGUGCACAAAACGUGAUCUGCAUGCCGUUUACGACAUUUGUGCAUGAUCUGCCCAUAUGCCGAAUAAUAUUAGAAAUAUGCGCUCCGGGUGUGUAAAUAUGCAUGUGCGCAUAUAGUGUCUCCUGUCUCCUUGCCUCACCCAUGUAUGGGCAUCCAUCAGCCUCUCACUAUCUCCUCGUCUCCUGCUUAUCUGCAGGCCCUGUCUUGAAGUGUUGGUGAAGAAAAUAGAAACCUCCUUUUCGGGAUGCUUUCUAUUUUUCUUUCCGCUGUGUAAAAUAUGCACCUCGUUGCAAGAAAAUGGUGCAAAAGAUAACGCAGCGUGACACUGGAAAUGAUGUAGAAUGCUUUUAACUGUGCACCACAGCGAGCGCUUUAUCUUUUUAUAAUCAUUUGUCUGCAUGUUUGCAUCAGUUUAAGACAGGAAGCCAUUUGAGGAGACUGUCUGCAUACAGAUGAGUGUGUAUCUACUGUAUCUAUAUCUAUAAAUAUAUAUGCUGUGAGUACAUACACUUGUUUGUGGUGUUUACUCCACUCUGCUUGCUUGUUACUGUGUGGCUGUUAGCGGUUUCCUCCAACCUCUCAGCCUUCAGUUUCACACCAGCCAGCCAUGUGGUCCCUCUCCACCCUAAUUAAACUCGCUGUGGUUCCAAACUCCAACCAGAAAGACUCAAGCUCAUUGCCAGACUCUUGUGUCAGCAGCUGCCAAGGCCUGCCUGUACAUUAGAGAGAGAGAGAGAGAGAGAAGGAGAGUGAGAAACUGAGAGUGGAGAGAAAUCUCAUACCCAUAUUUACCUCUCAUUUUACUCUGUCAAGGCAAAGUGUGGAAGAGUCUGCCAGAGAGUAAGCGGAGCAGCGGGGGGAAAACAAAUAAAAAUGUGGAAGAGGAGACAAAGAAGGAUCUACUGUAGACAGUAUAAUCAAAUGGCUGCCUGAUGGAGAGGGAGUUUAGUGGAUUUAGAAAUCAAGACGAAGAAAGGGGGAAUGCCGGAGAAUAGUAAUUAACUCUGAAUUAUUCUAUCUCUGAGGGAUCAGGGGGAUUAAUAGAGGCUUUGGUUUGGAUUCUGCACCUUUCACUCUGCUUCAGAACAGGAUUCUGGGUAGCCCUGUAUGUAAACGUGUGUGUGAGUGUGUGUGUCUGCGUGUAUAUAUGUGUGUGUUGCUCCAGAAGGCUCCAUGUUUCUGUGCCAGCAGGCUUGUGACCGUAUCUCCCUGCCAGCCAGCCAACCAGCCGGCCAGCCAGUGAUUGUGUGUGUAUUGAUGUGUGACUUUGUACCCCCCACUUACUGAAGUUCAUCCAAGCAUUAUAAGUUAAUCCGCCAUAAUAGGCAAAAAGACAUAAAGUGGGGAGGGGGGUGGAGAGUGGAAGGUGGAAAAGUGAGGGAAGAGGGAAAGUGGGUUGAGAGGUGGGGCAUCAAAAGGUAGAAAGAGAGUGUGGGAGUGUGUGUGUGUUUGAGGCCGGUGUGUGUGAGGUAUUCAAGCCAAAAGACUGCAGAUUUAGAGUUAGACGGACCGUUCUAAAUCUUGGGCUUAUGCGCUGUUUUGGGACAGCAAGUGUUGAUAGCUGGAGCGGGAAGACAGCUCACGUCGUUCAGAUGAAAUCAUACAUUCACCGACAGAAUCGCGAACAAUAAAUCUCCUCAAAGGCGAUAAUAAAAAAAAAACAGUGAUUUAAAAGGGAGACAAACAUUUUCCUGUGAAUGAAUCAGCGGAGUAUGUAGAGGUGAGGAAGAUAAGUUGGGAUCUGUUUGGGUUGACUAAUGGAGGUCAAUGAUGGCGAUGAAUUACUUACAGAGAGAGAGGGGAAGAAAAACACUUGAGGCGGCUUUUGUUUUGGGUUUCCUGUAUCUCUCGACCUCACACUGAGUGUUGCCACUGUCAACACUGUGUAAGGCUGUGUUUAUCCAAGACAAGAGGGGGCAAAGAAGUGAGGGAGGGAGGGGUAGGACCGGAGGGCAGGUGCAGGGGUAAUUUUGUGAUGGCGGAGGUUUUAUUCAUUCUGUCUUAAGCAGUGACCCGUACUGUACACACACUGUCUCUGUAUCUCUUGAUUACCGCCUGUCCUGCAGCUCUUAAGCGUGCCUUUCUUUCUCUUACUUGAAUUUAAGAUUUCUGAGCUCCUGUUAGCAUGCACUUGAAUAUAUUUCCCCCAAAGCACACGUCCCUGUCUUGCCUUCAUUCUCCACACACUUGUGCCCUUUUCUGUCACUCCGUGCCCUAUCUCUCCGCCAAUGUGUUUACCCCCUUCCUCUCUAUCCCUCUAUCUGUCCCCCACACACCAGCUUUACCAGCCUGCUGAGCACGAUGGCCUGUUUUUAAAAAAUGGAGCAAUGGAUGGAUAAGAAAAAACAGCAGAAGGAUAAGGGAUAUAUAGAAAGGAGAGAAAGGACGAACAAAUCAAAGCGUACUCCAGUGGCCUGUUAUCUCAUUACAGCUGUACCGGCUUGUCACGCCUGGCUGACUAGCCCCCUAAGGAGCGCCCUCGCCCCCUUAUAAGACCCCCUUUAUUCAGCGAGCGCUCUCGUAUUUCAACUCAGGCACAAAGAAGGGCAAUUCUCGCUGGUUUCCAAGCUGUCCACACCAGAUUUGUGUAUCCUAGCCCAGUUGAGGCACACAAUCGAACGUACAGCAGGGCCACGGGAACAUACACAGAAGCCUUGUUAGCUGCUAGUUAUGAAAUGAUGCUGGCGGAUAAUGGAGGCUAAUAGUAAGAGUGGAGAUCCAUUUGUUCCACCAUUUUCUCCCUAUUUCAGCCCUCUUACAUAGAGUCCCAUGUGGGUUUGAGAAGAGGGCUUCAAGAGGGAACUGCUGUCAGCUGAAGUAGUGGAAAUGGUGUUACUCUCUCCGGCUUUUUCCUCCCUCCUCUGCCAAAAUGAAGACUCAUUAGGAGGGGAGGGAGGGUUGUAUCUAAAUGAGAUGGACAGAGUGCUACUCAGCACUCCUACAGAAAGGGAACGAGAGAGCAGGAGGAUGCAGAGAGAGGGAUUUUGCUGUAGUGGAGCGAAACACAGAGAUCGGCAGUAAAACUUUCUAAUUUCCUGUCAAAAAAAGCAGCCAUGCUAAUAUUUCUCUGACCUUCUGAAAAGCUACCUGUCCAUAAUGAAACUCCAAAUCUUUUUUUUUCACCCAACUAACGACUUAAACUCAGUCAUUGACUCGCUCCAUAGUGCAAGUUAAAAACUAAUGCAAGUACUCGAUCUCUAAAUAUGUUAAAAUCCAAGUUAGGGUAAAACCAAUAAAUGGAUCAGUCUGCAACUCUGCUUCACAGCUGUGAUGACUUCUGUUCAAGACUUUGCAGAAGCUUGAGAGGCAUGUCUUGUAAAACACACAGUGGAUGCUCCACACAGACACACUAAGACAUGCACACACACACUCGGCUGUUCUGCCCUGCCAGCUCCAACACUUGCCCCCUUUCUGGCUCUGUUACCACCCGCACAGGAGUUGGAACAACCAUGUAACACCAUGUAACCUCUGCAUGUUACACAUUCCAGAUGAAGUGUAACAAGGACAUGAAUAUCCUGUGCUGAAACAGCGGUAUGUAAGAGCCUUUUGGUAAAAUUUGGCAACAGUGGCAGAGAACCUUUAACAUGUGCUGUGUCAAAUGUUUUAUUUUGUUUUACAUCUCCUUGGUAUCAGCAGUUUCAGGCAAUAAAAUUUCAUAUUAAGACAUAAUUAAUCCAAAUUCUGAUGGUCUUAACCUUUUUUAUGCCACAUCAAGGCAUUGGAAUAAGUUCCAGUUUGUUCAUUUCUGGGGAAAACUCCUCACAGGAGCUUUAAUUUGAAGCCUGACUUGGAUCCUUAAAACCUGUUAGAACUCAUGUAAUACUUUGAAAUAUUUUGAAUAAUUGAAAUCAUAUCUCUGACAUAUCUCAUAGUUCUCUUUUUCUGAACCUUUAUUUAAACUAUAGAAGAGUUAUUCUGUGAAAAGCAUUAACCUGAGUGUUUCCACCCAACUCUUGGACAUCAGUUUUUUAUGAUUUGCCUGAAGUUUUUACAUCACAUGAAGCUUUUCGAAGUGAUUUAAUACAGUUAAGCUGUAAAAAAAAACACUAAAAAGCAUUAAAGAUUAUGUCUAACUCUCAUGAAAUAGUCUUACCUCCACUGGGAGUAAGAUAGGAAAGGGAGUUACAGUAGCAUCUCAGUGUUAUUUACCCAUAAGUCCUCUGUUCCCUCCCUUUAUUUACCUCAGCUUGAGCCAUGUGUGUAUAACCCAACCACCCAGGAACAGGCCCCAUUGUCCAACCAACAAAACACCUGGGUGCUACAAUUCAGCACGAGGUGACUGUCGGGUGGAAAAGGGCGCCAGAGGGAUUGAGCUGUUGAGAUAUGAAGGGCAGGCAGGUGUGUUUGUGCGUGUGUGUGUGCGCGCUUUGCUCUGUUUGUGAAUGUAACUGGAAUCAAACUGUAAAUAGGCUACUGUAAAUAGAAGUUGAGACAUCCAUCCCUACACUCAUAUUAAAAUACACGUGUUGGCAGGACGGACUGUUUCAAAAAGGGGUUUAGAGCUGAAAUGUGAGACAUGUUGGACUGCUUAUCUCCAAUUUUAUUUCCCCUCUAGAAUAAAAGUGUCUGUCAUUGUCUUUUUUUACUUUAAUCAAACACACUGUGAGCUAUUGUAAUCCUAAAAACACACACAUCCAAACACUGAAAUAGACACACUCCAGUGACUCCUUCAUUACAGUAAAUGGGUAUAAGAGCUACCUUGCGCUUAGUAUUUAUCUGUACUCUGUGCUUGGAAAUGACUUGCAGAAUGAAUUGAUUAAAAGAUGGAGGGAGAGGAGGGAAGGCAGAGAGACAGCAGCACUUUGUCCUAACCCUUUUAGUAAGAUUAGUUGUAGUCUUAAUGUCUCUCCCCUUAUUUAUACUGUGAGUCAGCCUUUCUCCUCGUCUGCUCGCCCUCUGUCUCUCCUCUCUGACAAACCGUCCCAGCAGCCAGAGACAGAAAUGACAGUGUGUUUUUAUUCUGAGAAUAUGACGACAAUAAAGCAGCAAAGAUGAUGAAAUAGGGGUGGUAACAUUUGCAGGUGUAAAGUCAGCAAUUUGGCAAAGUAAAGUAUUUUCAUACAUCAACAAAACUGCAAAAAUUAAAGUCUUGUCUUGAGUAAUCUCUGUUGGAUAAUAUCCAUAGACAUGCUAUGACCUUGGACAUCACCGCUUUGUUGCCAUUACACAGCCUUAACCCACGUGACUAUGACCAAAACAGACGGGAAGGACAGUGAAUCCUUCGGACACCAUCCCCUGUACGGGUGAAGUGUCUCAACACUGUUUGACGUGAUAAACAACAAGGAUUUUCUUUAAGAAUCAUAAAUAAAUAAAUGAAUAAUAUAUUUGAGUGUAAAUCUAAAGUUACGUUAUCCAUAAAGUAUUGUCUUGAUUUUUUGGACAUUAUUUUCUGAUGCUACAAAGUUGAAGUGGUGCAGUCUGAUUUCAAUCCAACCUACUGACCUGCUAUUAAUAGUGAUUUCUAUAUUACUCUCUAUUUACAGAGUCUACAUAAAAAUGAAUGGGGUUUGAAUAUGAGAAGUUCUUUUAUUCAAGUUUGCAGUGCAUUCAUAGUCAAAAUAUUAUUGGCAAGUAACACAUCCACAGGUAAUCAAAGCCUGUGGAUGUCUGAACAGUAUUGAGAGCAAAAGCAGGUGGAAACAACCUGCUGUUGGUUUCACACUGCAAACGUAAGACCCUCUGUGUAAGUUGUUAUCUGCUGCAUUAGCGGGGUAGCUAAUGGCUUGAAUUACCCAAAAGUUGUCAGCCAUUCACAAAGGGAAAAUCUGAUGGUCUUGAUGACAGAUGGUAUCUCAGAUGGGUUUUGCGAUUACAUUUGUAUCAACUCAUAAUUUACAACCGAAACAAGAUUUAGGAGUUUUAUCCCUGAUUUUUCCCAAACUUCUGAAUUUGUCGUCUGAAUUAAUCAAACAAGAAUUCAGCUUAUUUUUUUGUAAUAGUUUUUAGGCCUUAUGGCUUCAUUUGGACAGACAAGACAUGCAGGAAUGAAAGAGAAGAAAUGAGCAACUUCUGUAUGUGUUGGGGUUUUACUCAUAGAGCUAAUCCGGCGCCCCAAGUUUGCUGUUUGUUUAAAACAACAACGCAGAUCAAUGCUUUCACUUUAAUUUAGAAAUGACACACUGUUAAUAGUCAACAUUCAUAUUAAUUAAUAUAUUUCAUUUGAUCAUGUUGGACACCGAACAUAAAGACAGUAUUCACCAAACCAUAGUUCCUCCACUUCCUCUGUCAAUCAUGUGAUCUGUCCAUCCGUCAGUUCAUCAUUUUCCCAGGGUUGCAACCACCUGUAAGGAGCCAGGAAUUCAUAAUCUCCCCUGCCUCUCCUAUCACUGCCUGAGCCUCAUUAUGAGGAUCCAUUAUGGACGCCAGCAACAUUAGCGGCAACAUAUGCAAGCAGAUUGCCUCAGCCAAACAUAGCGCAUUAUUCUGGCCCAUUAAAGGAAGUCAUUUACCUUGAUAAAUAGGUAGAGGCUGAGGGGAAUUGAAAAGACACAUGGGGACCCUCUCCCUCACUUCAUCUUUCUCCCUCUCCUUUGCUCCAAUUUUCAGCCCUGCAUCCUGAAGAGCUCGUCUGCACGCUCUCUUUUUUCCCAUUUGAUGCUCCUGCCUGCAUUAGCAUUAGCGCGAGCGUCCUCAUAUGUGUGCUUACUCUCUCUCUCCUCUUUGAGCCUUAUUGCCUUCUCAACUUGUUCCCAUCCAAACUUUGUGCAGCACUGCUGAACAGCCAAACUCUUGGCUUCCACUCCUCUCCUCCGGUUUUCUAAAUUUCAUUUUUUAUGCCAGGGGCUGCGUUUGAAGGAAGGAGGGAACAGCAAGAAAGAGUGGGAGAGAGGGGGGAAGAAAAGGACAGGGUGUGUUAAUUGGAGCGCCUGAGGCGAGAGGGAUGGAAGGAAGAGGGAGAAGAGGGAGAGGAGGCCCAGAUUCAGGGGCUUCGAAACAUUAAAUAUUAACACCUUUUCUCAUCUCUGCCCCCUAAGUGACAUCCACUGAUUGGGUUCUCUCUCAGUCGAUCAGGACACACACACACACACACACACUCAUACACACACACACACUCUCCCUAUUUUUUCCACUUUUUCACCAAAUUGAGUUCCCUCUGAAAAUGAAAGGCAGCCAGGAGGAGACAUAGCUGGGGUAAUUGGUGGACCCUCUCAGUUUUGUGCCCUUUGAUUCAAAAAGUAAUGAAAUUCCGCUUGAUAUUUUUAUCUGAUCUUUCGGUGUGUUCACCGGCUCGGCCUUGCUUUCCUUUUUUGCCACCUGCGCUGUGGUGAGACCUUAAAGUGAGCUCUAAUAGGAGCAAGACACCGGCUAUUGUGGUGCUAACUGACUGUAAAUGGAGUCACGAGUAAUAGCAGCCGACUUAUGUCAGCUCAAAGAUAUUAGCUGUUACAAAUUGCUCAGAUAUUCCAAAGAGAGAGAGAGAUGAUUUCAAUUUUCCUCUAAUGGGGAAGGACAUUCAGAGAAUCCUUUGGUUUAUCACUGACACCAUUUAUCAAAGUGGCUUUAGCAGAAGCACUUACACAGCACUAAAACUCACUAGACUCUUGCAUUCAAAGCUCUAUUUAUAAUCUCUUUACACAUUAGCUUUGUUUCUUUAUUUCCAGUCAUGGCUUUUUUUUUUUUUUUUUGCAGAGCGGGGCGGAAGACUGCAGUGUCAGCGCCACAGAUUCGUAUUCCGCUCAUGCACUCCUGUCUCCGUUUUUUUUUUCUUUUUUUCUCUUGUGUUUUUCUUGUCCUUCCUCCUACCAUCCAUCCUUGUCCUCAUUUUGUUCUCCUGACUCACUGGCUCAUGUUCACAGAGGACAAACACACCCCCUUCACACACACACUCAUUGACCACACAGCUCUAAAUUCUCCCUUUUGAAUGGGGCUGACUUCUCACCCCGUUGCCGAGACAACAGAACCGAUGAGGGGGAAUCUCUUGUUGGACAAAAGAGUGUGUGAGGGGCCGACCUUGUUGCCCACUUCACACUGUUUGUCUUGAGCCCCUAAACUGCCUUGUGAUGACACAACACACACACCACUAAAGCUGUGAUUUAUCUGUCGCUGUUGCACACACUGUGAUGUUACCUCUCUGCCCUUUUACGCCAAAAACAACACACACAAAGAGACACACACUCCUACUGUUUGACCGGCAGCCCUCGUUUGCAGAACCGUUGGGCUUUUUGAUGACUUAGACCCUUGCGUUUUAUAGCACUUGGUGGAAUAUGCAGAGGCUAACAUUGCUGGGUUUAUGGCCAUGGAGAAAACGGAUGUUUACCCAGGCUAACUGCUAAUAGCUUUAUGUUUGACUCAGCUGCAGUCAGCGUCAACGAAAAGGUCUCUGGGAACAUCAGUCCUCACCUAAACUCGUGUCCUUUUUCCCGUCUCUCACUGCUAAUCAAAUCAGCUUCAUUCAAAGCAUGCUUUACACAUCAAACGAGAAAGAGGAGGCAUGGCUGUGAGAAAGAAAGUCAAACCUUAAAACUUCAGCCUGACGGACAAGACAAAUCGGGCUACAAAACUUUCCAAGAAUGAGAACAAAAGCAGGAAAGGUCACAGGAUUGUUACCUAACAAAAAAAUCACUACUUUUCUCUUCUCCUAUCUAGAACACGCUCACACAUAUACAAAGCGGCUGGUUUUAGUGACAAUAAAUAAAAACAGUCUCCUCCUCUUGACUCAAAUGACCUGCACAACUAGCUGCAACCUGAAUGUGUGUGCGCUUGUGUGUUGCCCGAAGGUCCCAGGUGUGAAUUUUACUUCCACUCAGAUGGUACGUCGCUACAAGCCCAGACAGGAGAGGACAGACAGCCCCCACUUCAUACCCUGUAAUUGGACUGGAAACAGCUUAGCAUGUGGCAUCUGAACAUCCGGGAUCUGCUAUCUCACCUUUAAUCAAAACCCCCCCUCUGCCCGCCUAUUUCCAACACGUACAUCUAUAACACAUAACCCUCAUAAACCUUUCUUAUAAAAACGAAGGCGCCCUGUUUUGUCAAGCAAUGAAACAAGAGCAUCAGAGAUAUUAUUGUGUAUGAUUCCUAUUAGAGGCUCAGAUAUCAUCUUUGAAGCACAACAGACCUCGGCUAUCCACUGUGAGAGUUAUGACUGCAGAGGCUUUAGAACGGCUUGUGAUCAAACGGUCAGAUGAGAUUUAUAAGACUGAGUCCUGAUGCUCUCAUUGCUGUAAUUGGUACUUUAGAGCACUCGGAUCCAUUGGGCGAAAAAAAAAGGAAAAAUCUUGAGAAAGUUUUCUGCCAAUUCUUGUGAAGUAGAUUGCAGUGAAAGUCUUCUCAAGGAGUUUUUUCUUUCCUCUUAACUUCUCUCUUUGCUGAAGAUACAACAACAAACGCAGCGGAAGUCACAGGAGGUUGUCUUUGACAGAGAUCAUCAAGGACUAAUAUGACUCCAGUAUUAAGGCACUUGAAGUUUUUUAUCAGUCCCACUCGGGGAAAUGUCCUUUCUCAUGUAUUCUUAUGAGCAAAUGGAGACUCAAGAGGAAACACAAGUGAAGCAUCAAAGGCAAACACAGUCGUAUAUUUCUAUACAUGUCUGAACAAACCAAGACAGAUUUAGACGUUAGCAAUUUGUAAAGAAUAAAAUUUGUGAAUUAUCUUCUGUGUUAAAUGAGAACAUGGAGGCAGUAUUGGUCAAACUACUUGUAAAAAAGUAGAAAAAUUAACUACUUAUUACUCCGGAGCUCAGUUUUACCACCCUAUAGCUAACCCUCAUGAUAAAUGUAGCAAAAUACAGCUACAUGCAACAUCAAAGCUAUAAUCCAUUGACCUGGAUAAACCUUGUUUUAUAAACCGGUCAUGAGACGAGCCGAAAUGUCUGAAAUAAGAAGCUACUAAGAACUUAUCCUCUCCAUCCCAGCUGGAUAGAAAUCACCUAUACUUCCUUUAAGUGUAGUCAAUAGACUCUAAUAUGCACAUGAGGUGGCCUAACUUGUGCAACGCUGUGGACAAAUUGCCAUUUGGUGUUAGCAGAUUGACUUGUCGAUUACCCUGUUGUUGCUCUCUUAGAAUAACUUAUGCUCAAGUUUCUACUUAUUCAUCAGCAGUGAAGACGUUGUUAAAAACUGACUGUCUAUAAAUGAAGAUGACAUGCCGCCAUUGCCUCCCCUGUGUAAAAAUAACAAAGCCAAAAUAGCGCCUCAAUAGGCGAUGACAUCUUGUGCUUUUGAUGUAUUUUUGGGAUAAGGCAUGGGCUGAAGCUGCUGAUGGAGCCGCAAAAUAGAGGCCAUGCACUUUGCACGUCUCCAAGUGCAUGUUUUACUUUUAGAUAUAAAUGGUUAAGAUCAGUAAGGUCCAGAGCAGAACAAAGUCUCAACUCUUGUGUGUUUGUCAGACUCUGCCAGAGGUGUGAUAUUUAGCCCUUUUUAAUAUCCAAUGAAUGGUUAAAGCCUAACUUUUCUGGAAAAAUUAACAAUUGCACAUAAACCAGACUAUUUAUAUGUAUCUUUGUAUAAGAUUUAUCAUUUAUUCAUACUUAACAGUUUGAUUUCAAAACCACCAAGCUCUGGAAAAAUGUGAUUUGACUACUACUACUGUUUCCAGUGUUGUUACUACCCGACACUCCAGGGCAGCCUUUACACUUUGUUCAAGAUAUUAGUAAUUUUUUUUAUAGCUGAUUAAUGUCUGCUCACAAUUGCUGCAUGUGCGCCACAGCACAGCAGGAUAUCAAAUGUAUCGCUAGACUACAGGCGAUGUCUGCAGGCAGAACUUUGGCCUAGUUGGUGCAGUUUUUCACUUCCUUUAGAACAAGACUGUUCUGUUCAGCACAAAGGAUCGAGGGAAACUAAAAUUUCCUGUCCCUUCCAUUUCUGUCAUCUCCUAUUUAGUUAUUUUCCCAUUUUCUUUUCUUUUAUUUUCGUAGCCUUACCCAGUUGGUCUUUCACCAACAAUGGGAUGUAAUCAGCUCUGUAUAUAUCACCAGCUUCCUGCUAAAAGCUCAACACUUAAUAGGGCACCAGCCUACAUGGCAGCACUUAGUCUGCUAUACAUGGCUCAUGUACAGAUGCACUUUCCAGGUGUCCAAGGAGACAUACAGUAACAGUGAGUGUGAACUCUAUCUAUUUACGUCACUAUCUAUCUAUAUAUAUUUAUAUAUAUGUACAGUACAUGUGUGUUUUCACUCUCCGUCUCCUUGGUUGCUGAAAGUUUUCCUCCUACAAACUCUCCAGGUCUGUAAGCAGGUUGAGAAACUUCCUCUCUCUCUCCCUCCUCAUCCGUCAUCUGUGUGCGUGUGUGUUCCCGCUCUGUGCCUGUCUUUGUCACUCUCUCCUCUGCCCUCUGCAUGUGGCAUUCAUUGUUGGUGACUGUGUGUAUGACUGCGUGUGUGUGUGUGUGUGUGUGUGUGUGUGUGUGUGUGUGUGCUUGUGUGUGUGUUAAAGCAGCAGCUGCUGUUCCUGGGCUGCACCUGUUCUUGUCUCAUCAGUCAGGCGUUGACGGAGUCCAGGCCUUACAUGGACCCACCCCCGACUCUGGAAGCCUGACCCAGCCUGCCCCCUCGAUCACACACACAUAUACUCCCACUGAUACACGCACAUAGUGUAUAUAUAUCAUACAGUAUAUAUCAUAUGUACCAUACUGUAAAUUCAACAGCUAUCCAAACUACCCAGGAAAUGAAAGGCUGACAUCUCUUUUAACUUUGCUCCCACAGAAUUGCAGACCAGAUUUUUCACUUUGUUGAGUUUUUGUAAAUUUUGUCCACUUUAGUAUCGAUUGCAAACUUUCACAAACAGCCGUUUAAAUCGAAUUUGCAAAGUGAGCACUUGUUCAGGAGCCUCUUUCUGCUUAUUUUCCAUCUCAAAACUGGUCCUCUUAGCUGAUAUGGAUCGAGUUUGCUCACUUAAGUCAAACUCCCCUUGCAAAACUAAAUUUCCUGAAAAGUGCAAACUGUUCCCAUGUAGCAGUUCAGGCAGACUAAUGUGAGGGCUGAGCGAAUAUGAAAGGGGCCGUAAACACAGGAUUUGACUUCCAUCCAGUCUGCAACAUUAAGAGGCCAUUACCAGAGGGAGACAGCUAAGGGCAUCCUGCCACACCCCCCGGCCACAAACUGUACUCACACUCACUGAGAGCCUGGCAUGUGAUGACUCCACCGUGUGUCAGUGAGUUUUGUCUGCGGUGAUAUUAGCCCUUACAGCUUGUGGUGGGAGUGAAACCACAUUUAUGCUUGUGGACACGUUUGUGGUCCUGCCAUGUGUCUGUGGCGUGGAAAUGGAUUUUUCACAUUAAAGCCACCAUUACGACUCAGGACAGUUGUGUCGUACACUUUCAGACUGCGUGGUGCUUUAACAUACCCUGAGAUUAACCGUGGUAACAUUCCUCCUCUCAGCCUAUGAUGGAUAAUGAGAAUGAUGGAGCGCUGAGUCACAAAAUACUUCUACUCUUACUGGAAAUGUGGGGAUAACAGAGCUAUUGUUCAACUUUCUGGAAGUUGUCUCAAAAUUAAGUGUGUCUGUCAGUGGUUGAAACUAUGAUAGUAGGGCUGGGCGAUAUGGGAAAAAGUUGAUCACGAUAUAUUUUUUCAUAUCAGUCCAUAUAAAUAUAUAUCACGAGAUAAAAAACGAAAUUUAACAGUUCUUAUUGGUAGCAUGUCUUUUGCAAUACAAUAAGCUACUGCAUCUGUGUGGUCUUUGUGUCAACGCUUUGUCGUAAGGUGUUGCGCUAGAGAAAUCAGACUGAAUGGUCGGCUGUUUUGGCUGCACAGGUGCCAUGGGCUUCACUUGGGGUUUGUAACCUUUUGCAGUGCGCGUGCUCUGCCGCGUGGCACAACCUCAGGUGGUGAAAGAGAUUUGAGGUAUUCCCCAACUUUACGAGAACAUGUGCUCAACAUAAUUUGCAGUGUACUUUACUCUGCUUCAUGUCCAACCUCAAAAAAACAAAAUACCUCCACACCAGCGACGUUUUCAUGCCAGUGUUGUUGACGAUGUCAUCAUCUGUUGAGCCUUCAUCUGCAUUUCUGCUGGGAGUAACACUCUUUGCCUUUUUUUUUCUCACCUACAGUGCUGUCAGCUUCACGUGUUAAAGUGCUAUGAUUGCGUGUAGCUGCAUCCUGCUACUACGCGGUUGUUUGCUACUUGGUUCUAAUUCAGCACACGAUUGGUUCAGCAUGGACCUGGAGUAACUCCCCUUUUCAUUGGCUAUUUGUAUAGCCUACCUAAACAUGGCAGAAUGCUGGUAACGAAAAGCAUAUUGACCAUGUUUUAUAUUGAUAUCGAGGGAAAUUAAUUUUCGAUACAUCAUCUUUAUUGUUUUAUCACCCAGCCCUAUACAAUAGCAAUGGUAAGUUGGACAAACUUGCACAGAUCAAUCAAAUCUACAUACUUUUCUUUGUCUUCUUAUAUCUGUAGCAUUUUUAGUGUUAGCCAAACAAGAUUCAAUCUCUUUUUGAGAGCUUUAGAAGAUUGAUACACAGAUUUUUUUAGACUUUCCACAGACUUGACAGUGUGAGUGGAUGUGUUUGUGUUGUUGUAUAAGUGACAGUAUAACAUCGGUGACUCAGUCCUCGUGACAUUGCGGCUGUUUCCUCUGCCGCACAGCGCUGUUUGUUUUGCCAACAGCCAAACACACUAAUCCUGUUAGAGGCCAAGGAUGGUUUGGACCACACACACACACACACACACACACACGCUCACACACACACACAAAAAUACACUCUCAGGUACAUACACACCUUCAGAUAACCUUGUCUAAAGGGUGCAACAUUUGUCCUUUUAAUCUGUUCCCUCACUUUAUAGAUCAGACCCUGCAAACACUAUCUCAGUGUUUGCAGUGGUGCAGAUCCUUCUUCUGCGUGUAAAACUCUUAGACUGUAAUAUAAUACACUUCCAACACCCCUAGCACCAUCAUGCAGGUGAAUACAAGUCAUCCAUUUCUCUUCGGUGGAGUGGUGUUUGGGUUAGCAGGCAGACAGGGGAGGGAAAACCUUCAUGGUGGCUUCCUAAAGAGGUUCUAGUCCCUCUUCUUAUGCUCUACCUUUCUGUCCUUUUUCUAGAUUUCUUUGUGCCUGUCUUUUUGCUCUCUUGCAGCCUCUUUUUUUUUCUUUCUGUUUUGCACAUGCGCAGACAAGCCUCCUGAGUGAGUUUGUGCUCUGGGUAUUAAAGAAUGCUCUUUGAGAAUGAGGGAUGAAAGGGGGAGACGGACAGAGAGAAGAAAGAGUCUUCUGGUUUUAAUGUCUGGAAUACAACAGUAGCAGGUGAAGGGGGGGAGAACAAGGGAGGAAAAGAGGACAGGGGAAGAGGAUCCAGCUGGUUUAUUUCAUAAUGAGGGGCACUGGCUUGGCUGUGUGUGCCGGAUCUAAUAUAAAAAUCAGACACAGAGAGAGUAUUGAAGAUGGUUUCACAUUAACUUUUCAGCAGAUGUGGGACUGACACCACACUCUAGGUCUCCUCCACUCUGCAGCGCUGCUUUGACUGCACUCUUGGAUCUUUUUUUUUUCAAACGCACUUUACUUAACCGGAGCUUUUUGGGGUGCUUCUGCUGCUCAUAAAUAUCCCAUGCAUUAUAGAUCUACUGUAGGAGAGAGUGUGUGUUUGUGAGUGUGUGUCUGUGUGCAGGUCACAGCCUGACCGUCUCGUUCCCAUCUGUCUCCCUACCCGGUCAUGCACCCCAUCACACACCACCUCACACACACUUUCCCUCUCUUUGGCUAAAUCCGAUUAGCUGGCCUGCGUCAGCUAACGAGACCCCCAUGAAGCUGGCCCGACCCCCCCCACCUAUACCCCACCCCUUCAACAACCUCAGCCACUCUCUCUCUCACAAACACACACAGACACACAAAGUGACUGCCAACAGCCUGCAACUCUGAACACACACACACACACACACACUCCCCCUUAUAUUGGACAGAGGACUCCCUAAUUAGACUUUAAUUGUCUGUCUCUGUUCGUGCAGCUGCUUCAUGUGUAAUACACAGAGCAGCGGGCUGACUGAUCACUCUGGACCAGAAACAAAUUGUGAAUGACACCAAAAGAUGUGUUUGAAAGGCAGAUAAGAUCCAGACUGAUUAUAAAAUUAAAAGGGAUAGAGAGAGGGGGGACGAGAAAAAUGCCACGUGUCGCCGUGUAAACUGACCUCUGGCAAUCAUGUUUUAAGAAAUUUAAAGGUCCUGCUACUGACCAAACCCCAAUUAAAAGAUGAAAGAAAAAAUGAGCCAGAUACUAAUUUAUAAAGAGCUACAAAAGCCCUCCAAACACCCUCAGCAGAUAGCCGACUCUGUGAUUAAUACUCGCACUUUCAGACAGUCUGUUUUAGCUGUUAGUCUGUGACUUUUAUUACCCCACAGCAGACUGAAUUCGGGUUUGCAGCUGCUUCUAAAAGUGAAGAUUCAGCAAAUUUAAUUAUGUUCUAUUAUGUCUGGCAGAUUUGUGCCAGAGGCUAAAGAAUGAGCACAAAACAUGACACAAUAAGGACACACAGCUGUUUCCAGAGGAAGUGAAUGUGAUCUUUUAUUGUGUGACUUGCAAAGCUAAAAAUAAGCAGUCGGUAGAUUAAUUGCUCGACGGAAAGGCCGUGACUCCACAGGUGACACUGACUUCAUCUCUAAGCGUAUGACAUAGGACUUCAAAGCUAUACAUACUUGAGAGUAACUGUAGAACAGACUCCAAAUGUGAGCCUGUUCUUAGUAUAGAUGUUAGCACGCAGAUAUUUAGCGGUCUCCCACUGGGACUCACCCUCUCACCCCUAGACCUGACAGAGAUCCCUACGGUUUAACAAAGACACAGAACAUCAUGGACCUGAUGUUGUAAAUCAACAGAAACAACAACGUGGUAUCAGCAAAACCUGUCAGGUGACUUGCUCUCCCAUUCUCGUUCUCUGGUUGAAAACUGAUUGUGAUCAACCACUAGUAAUAACACUUUCCCUUAGGGCUGGGUGAUUAACUGAAAAUUUACCGAUAACGAAAUUUACGACAAUAACCGACGUCGUUUUGCCCAUAUCGGUAUACUCGGUGUGAAAAUAAAUAAAUAAAUCAAGUUAAUGUGGGAGGGGGUGGGGAGCUUGUGGAGUAGUUAUCGUCCAUUAAUUGUUAUCAAGGUUAACUGCUCAAUAUAUCGUGAUAUUGAUUUGAAGCCAUAUCGCCCAGCCCUAACGUGCAGACAGACACUCUGUUUCCUGUGUUGUACACAGCUUUGAUUUUUUUUAUUUAACUUGUAUUUUUCUUUGUUAAUCAUCAAGUUUUUGUAUUUGAAUUAACAGGAACAACAAUGUGGUAUCAGCAGUAUCUGUCAGCUGACUUGCUCUCCCAUUCCCAGCACGGGCGUCAUUAUGGGUGGUUAAAAACUGAUUGUGAUUAACCAGGAGUCAUAACACUUCUCCUUUAGUUUUUGGAUCACAAAAGCAGAAUGAAAAGAUGCUUAUUAUAUACUUUUUUUUUAUUUGUAGCCAAUACAGUAUAUUUUAAAUAUGAUGUCACUCUAAAGUCCAACAUUGCUGACACUAAAUAGCCAUUAUAAAUCCAUAUUUCAGUCCUUGAACUCCUGUUUAAGUUUUAUGACUAUGAUUUUUGCUUAAAAUCUUGUUGUAAAACAUGCAACAAUUGCUUUUUGAUAAGACUCCCUUAAAAUCAAAGCAACAGACUCAACGGGCCAAGUUGCAGUUCUGCAUAUGACUGUUAUAAUAAACCCCUUGAAACUUGUAAGCCUGGGAAAACUAACCGUCCAAACCAGUGAGCAAACAGGUUUCGAGGUUUUUAUUUAGUAAGGUCCAACACCUACAUUUGCUUUGCGUAAUGCAGGAAACCACAAUCAGAUUUGGAUCUCCAUUAAAAUCGAUCUUAAAGGGGAUUGACAACCUACCAAUGUGCUGACAGGAAGAUGCAUUGCACACCAUCCUGUUGUUUCAAAAAAGAAAACAAAAAAAAAUCUGAGGUUAGAAUUCAGGUUCUCUCUGCAUGUGCCAGCGAAUCACUUGAUUUAAUGCGGUGUGUUGUGCGAGUGUGUAUUUUUCCCAUGCACCACUUAACGAGACUCUUAAAUCCUGAGUGCUGCCUGAAAGCACACUGCUCCGUUUACUCGCACAUUCUUGUAAGUUUGCUCGUCUGCCUCGCUGUUUGUGUUGGCGCGGAAACAGAGGCAGAUUUUCUUUUGGGCCACAUCCCUCUCGCGAAGUCGGAACAUGAGACUCGGUUUGUUAAACUAACGUUGUUUCCCCUGAGAGUCGCUGAGCUAAUAGAACAAAAUAUUUUUAAAAAGGGAGAGCGGGAUACUGGAGAGACUUGGAGAAAGAAAAAUAAAGAAGUGCGUGAGGAAGUUUAGGAGCGGGGUAUAAAUAGAAGCGAGGGAAGUGAGAAUGUGCGUGAAAAGGAAGCGAAAGAAUACAAAAGUGAAGCGAGACAUGAGGUUUUUUCGUUGAAAGUCAACGCUUAUCUGACCUUUGACCUCAGUGUGGUUUGAGGGUCAAUCACAGCAUGUGACCUUAGAGGAAAGUGUCUCACUCACUCACUCACACAAAACACUGUGUGUAUCUUUGACAGCUCUUUCUAUUAUCUCCUCUGUAUGUACCCUCUGCCCUCUUCAUCCUCCUCUCUUCCUCACAGCAUAGUGAUAACAAGGCCGUCAUCCCUCAGCUCCUCUCCUCUCCUCUUGAGCAAACAGCCUUUCAUCUUCGCUGUCUGAAUUUCCCUGCCCUGUUAUUAAAACUAGCCUGUCAAACAAACUGUGAUUCCCACAAGUCCAUCCACUCCCCUCUCGGCUGUUUCGCACAACAAAUCAAUUAUUUAAGUGUGGAUUUUGUAGUCCAGAAUUGACGACAUGAUUAAUUUAUGUUUGAGUACUGGGCUGGGUUUUUCAUUAGCAGAGUGCUGUAUAUGUCUGAAAUGUGAAUAUUAAUAAGAGGGGAGAUCUUUUGCUUUUUAAUCGAACUCACUCCACCAAGAAACAUUCUUAGUGGAAUAAAAGUAUUUUGCUUCUUUACUUACAUAUAUGUAAAUAUUUUAUGUAUAUCGUACCCAUUAAUUCUUUACAGGACGGAAACUCUUGUUGUUUAUCCCUGUGCUAAUCCAUUAUAUCACCCUUUCACCCUGUGUAUUCUUCCCCGUGACUAUUAUAUAAAAUAUUCUUAUUAUAAUUUGUUGAGGAAUAUGUUUUAAACAAGCCUGAUAAAUAGUAUAAAUCAUAUAUUGAUACUUUACUUCACUAAGUUGAGUGUCUAAGACUGCAAAAGAGACGUUGCAGCUUAACCCCGGUCGCAUAAACAACAUUGUCCUUCCUUCACCGUUUGUUACACAUUAGAGACUCACACUAGCCUUCAUGUGUUCCUAUACCACAGGAUUUAUGACACUGUAUGUGCUGCACUCACUUCAUUAGCGCAAAUGGAGCUACUACCCCUUCCCCUGUUACUCCUCCCUGUAAUGCAAUCUCCUCGUCACGUUGUUACUGCAUAGCGAGAUCUACAGAGAGUUACAGAGCCAUAGUGUGCUUCCUAUCCCCCUGCAGGAUCCGGUUUGGAUCCAGCUUGUGCCCUAGCUGCUUCUCUCCCAUUGAUAUCUAGGACACUAUGUGCAUCUUAAUGUGUCUGUUGAAUGGAAGAUACUGACAGUGACUGACUCAGAGUCCCUGAACGGUUUUUACUGCAGUUCAUAUACCUUUAAGAGAAUACCGAUACUUGUAGCUUUCUAUGUUUGCAGAAAACAGCUGCUGAAGUCGCAACAGAUGCUAAUGAGAGGGGAAACUUUUGUUAUGACUAAGAGUGGAAUCGGUAUCAUGUGAUCAAUUUAAACUUGUACAAACAAGACGUGACCUUGAGAAUUUGUUUGAGUCUUUAAUAACAAUCUUUCUUUCUGUCUUUGCAGUAUGUAGUGGAACUGUAACCGUGACUGUGACGCCCAAAUUGGAAGUCGUGAAAGGAGAGACCGCCAAACUGCCCUGCACAUACACAGUGUCAUCACCAAGCAACACCGUCGUUGAAUGGUUCAUUGUAAGUCCUUCACUUAAGAUUGUUUUUAACAGGAAGCAGCUUUUCUGGCAACAAUCUGCUCCAUUACUCCUCAUGCUUAUCCACUCUCUGACUGCAUCUCCAUCUAUCUUUCCAUCUUCUCAGGAGGAGCAGGGAACCAGGAAGCGCGUCGCUUUCCACGCCCAGGGCGGUGAGGGAAAAAGUGAUGAAGGCAGCCCUCUGUCAGGCCGAGUCUCUAUCGGAGCGGACUCCACCUUGACCAUCUCGUCAGUUCAACCCUCAGAUGAGCUGAACUUCUUCUGCCAGGUCACCGCUGGCCCCUCUGGAGUUGCAGACGCCGCCACUAUGCUUCUUGUCUUCUGUGAGUCCACCAGCACCCUCUGACCGUUUAUAUGACUUCAACACGACCUUUUCUAAGAGACUCACUCCCCUCUUCACUCCCCAUCGGAUGGUGAUGUGUGGAAUUUAUGGUUUGAUUGGUUGCUGUCACCGUAGCUAAAGGUUUACGGCUUUAAUCAGAUCUGCGUGUGUUCACGCAUACUUUCAUUUAGCUGUGCCUUAAUUGUUCUAAUGCAUUUUAUUGAUUGCAUUUCAUACACACUUAAAAUAACUCAAUGAUAAACCCCUGUAGACAUAAAUAUGUAGUAUCAUAAUAUGUGAUUAGUCAUAUUUUCUGCAUUAACGGAGGAAAGAUCAGGCUUAGUGUAAUAUUUUCUCAAAGUGUGUAGGACUUCUGAGCUCUUUUCAUGCCUGUAGUAAGCAAUCCCCCAGAGGUCAAUUAGCCACAAUCUAAUCAAUCUUGACACAAUUGAUAAAUAGUUCAAUCCCACCUGUCAUGUCUCAUAUAUAUCACCUUAAUAACAGUCCAGAUUUAUCACCAAGGUGCUGAGGGGCUGACCCUGGGUGCAGGCUGCUGCGUCCUUGCCCUUUCCACAAGCAAACAUUAAUUAUAUUUUUAGCAUUUCGUAAACAAACCAAAGUGAAAACCAAGCAGGUUUGUGUCAGCGGAAAAGCAAAAUAACUCAACUUCAGUUCCGUUCACAAGUUAUCCAUUAACAUUUACGCUCUCUUAGUCUCUGAGGUUUGAAGUAAUGUCAUAAAAUAAACUAUUAAUCCUGAAUGGGGCCAGUUAGUGCUCAACAAUGCUUUAAUCCAGCUCUGUUCAACAAAGGCCUUUUGAGAUUUUACAAACCAGCGAUUACCCUUUGUCCGUGUUUGACCACUUAACCCAUUUAAAAGAUAAAUUACAGUGGGUCUGUUCUGCUUUAACUUAAUGGAAAGAAGUUAUGAGACUUCCUGAGGAUCAGUCCUGUUUCCUUUUAUUUCAGAGAUAAACAGACAGUACAGAGGAAAGAGUAAAACGGAUUUGAAAAACACAGUGCACUCAAACCGUAUUGGAAAAGCAAAUUAGAGGAGUUUUUGCCAUCGUUGAGCAGAUAAAAUAGCAUUUGGAAGUCAAGAGUUCUCAGUAUACAUCGAAAUUGCUUUUUGUACAUGCAGUCAUACCUCGAGGGAAGAGGAAGGUUGUUAAAAUACCUCAGCUGAUUUGGAAACAGCAACAAAAACAAUUCUUAAAAAACUGAGCGAGUGAGACCGCGAGAGGAAUACCCAUCUACUGUUUAUUUUUAUAAGCAGUCGACAGCUGCAGGCGGUGAUAAGAUGACCUCGUAUGUGAACAGGAGAGCAAGGGGAAAGGAAAGUAGAGAAACAAGAGGGAGCUCACACCUGUGGCUGAGUUUAUAUGUGUGUUGGAGUCAGUGAUUUUUGUUAUUUGACCCUUAUCAGCUCAUGUGAACCGGGUCACAGUGGAAUAACGUGGAGCAGAAUAUUUACUGCUCCACUUAAUUAGCAAGGUCAGCAAGGCAUGUAGGCUGGGCCGCAUGUGUGGAAGUGGAGUGUGGGAGUUUGUGUGAGUCUGUGUGAGUCUGUGUGAGUCUGUGUGUCCGUGCUAAAGGUGUUCCUUCCAGCGUAUCAUAAUGAUUUAAUAAUGAUUUCCUUUCCUUCCCUUUUCCUGCUUUAGUUGCUCCCGAGAAGCCUGAACUCACAAGGCCGUCAAGUCAGGCUAUCACCGCAGGAGAGACCACCAGCUCUGAGGUGUGCAGAAACUCUCUCUUACUGAUUUCAUUCAAACAAUGAAAACACACAUUUAAGGCUGGUUUACUUUUGUCUUGGCAUAUCAGAUCGGCACCUGUGUGACGAAAAACGGACACCCGCAGCCAAGAAUCAUCUGGUUCAAGGAUGACCAGCCCCUGCCAGAGAUCAAGGAUAGGAAAGAGAGUAGGUGUCCACUGGCUAUCUCAUGAUACAACAAGUCUAAUAACCCCCAAUUUCCACCACAUCCGAUUUAAGCCAUCCGCUAAGUCCUACCGAAUCCGUUAGUGAGGUAAAUUUCGUGGCGGAUUACAGACAGCGGGAAUCACGAGAACUCACAAGAACCCAAUCAUGUGCAAUCUCGCAAUGAUGAGUUGUCUCUAUAAAGACAGCCACAUAACCAUAUAAGCAGUAGAUUGUGUCCUUCCAGAGGAGGAAAUCCACUUCUAGAUUUCUAGAGUCAGCAUCUCCUCAUCCAUGGUGUCAUUGGGGUGAAAUGCUGUCUAAAAACCUUUCACUUGUUCGUCCCCGCCCGUUUGCAUAGAGUGAAAUAUGAUCCACCUGAAACAUGUAGUGUUUUAUUUUGAAAAGAAGCUGGAUAUUUUAUUUUGUGUCUGUGCCGGACUUCCUUUCCAGCACGGACUAACCUGUGGUGAAUUCAUGUGGCACAAAAUAGAACUUUUACAAUUGGCAGCAGACUCAAAAAGAAGCCAGGGGAAAUUGAUACAUUAACUUUAUUGGAAAUGAUCAGCUACGAUUGAAAGAUACGGCCUUUUCACAGUCGUUCCGGAUGCGGUGGAAGUUGGGGGUAAGUCUAUCAAUCAAGUUUAAGAUUAGUGAGCUCUGAUUCCUUCAUUUUUCCUCUCUUUUAGAGACCUACAUGAUUCCCUCUGUGGUUAAGGAGGCCUCAGGUCUCUUUACUAUCAAGAGCACCCUGUACAUGCAGCCAACCAAGGAGGACAAGGACUCUGUGUUCCACUGCACCGUGGAGUACACUAUGCCAGGAAACCAGAUUAAACAGAAGAAGUCCAACACUAUCACCAUCAACCUCAACUGUGAGUGGAGUGACAAAACCAUGUUUCAAUUAAGUUAACUUCAAAGGUGCCGCUAAAUGGAUUAGCUAGUUUCAAGCAAACCCAAGCUAGCUGAUUUCACAGGUUUAGCCUUUAUGGUUAGCCAAGCUACCUUAAUGCUUAAUGUAGCUUCAAAUCUGGGAAUAUGAAAGAUUUUCUCAUGUCGAGAACCUGCCCUGGAUACUGUACUGAUAUAAGCUAGCUGGCUAGUUAGUAACAGAUGAUUUGCCCUGCCCCCAAUUAUACCAAACUCUUCAAAACUUCAGAGUAAUAAAGUAACAACCCCCCCAUACAGUGUUUGCAGACGGAGAGGUGAGUCUUUCAGUCUAUUUUUGUUUUUGUAUCAGGCUGUGAAGGUGUUUAUUUCCGCUGUAAUGAUGAGCUUUUAAGAAUAGGUGUGUACGAGGCUUUUGAACUCUGCCUCAAGUGGACACUCAAGGAAGUACAGUUUUUGAUACUCUCACAUUGGCUUUAUUUCUCAAGACCAGAGUUAGCAUGUUAAAGGGAUAUUCUGGCGUAACAUUAAUUUAGGAUCAAACACACUGUAAGUUAGACACCCCUUGAGAAAUGAAUGUUGUUGACCGCUUGCUUCUCUAGUUAUACCAACUUUCGUAACGACCGCACGAUAGCAAUACACAGCGGUCUAAGGAACCAUAAACAAACCUCAACCAAAGCGCCACUCUAUAGCCACAAAUAAUGCUCAGAACAGCACCUAACUUCAUCAACAGUACAUAUAGGGUCCCAGCCACAGCACUAGCCACCAAACAUCUUUUUAACUUUGCCUGAUUUCUUUAGCAAAGAGACUAAACACAACUCUCCUACUCUCUUACAGCAGCCGCUUCUUUGUAGCGAGACCUCAGGACAGUCCAUUAUGGACUACAGCGGGGGGACGCAGCUCAAGGGAGAACAUUUAUGAUCUCUCGACAGGGUGUCUCACUCGGUGUUACGAUGUGUUUGACCCUAAAUUAAUUUUACGUCGGAAUAUCCCUUUAAUGUGUUCAUGCUGUUGAUGUUAAGCUGUUUUUGUUUUUUUAAUUCUAGCAUGCAAAAAUGAGCAAAGUAAUAAAAGGAGCAUAGCAGUGUUUAAUGAGAAUUUGAUCACAAUCUCAGAGCAGUAGUGCAGCACAGACGGCUCAAACUCUUAAUCUGGUAUGUUUAUGCUCCGUCUUUUUGUGCUUCUCGUGUUUCUUUGUCUUCUAAAUAUCAACGUAUCAAAUUUGUCAUGGUAAUCAGACAGCCUUCACUGUCCUCUUCCCUUCAUGGAUUCAUUUUAUUGAUUAUCUUUCUCCCCACCACAUACUGAGUUUUAAUUCAAUGACUUAUGAGGCGAAGAAAAGUGACUGUGCCCAUUUGGAAUGCAUUGCAGAUCUCUAAUGUAUGGCAUACAGUGUAACUCUGUAUGUGUAUAAGUCCACAGGACUUAUUUUCACCUGUUCCAUAUCUGUUCUUGUCCAUCUAGAUCCCUCUGAGAAAGCGACCUUUACCCUCCUCAACACCGAUCCGGUCAAAGAGGGCGACACUGUAACCAUGAAAUGUGAGACUGACGGAAACCCUCAGCCUGAGUUUGACUUCAAGAAGAAUGUAUGUGUUGCAAACAUUUUCUCUCGUUGGUCUAAAUUAAUGCACAAAGACGAUUAUCUGUUUCACUCCCCUGCUGAGACUCUCUCUCCUCUCCCUCUCAGGGUAAAGAGAUCAACGGUCAGGGCGGUCUCCUGGUCCUCAAAUCUGUCAAACGCACAGAUAAUGGCCUGUACGAGUGCAGAGCCACUGAUUUCGAUAACAUUGAAGCCGACCUGUCUGGAAACAUCACCAUCACUAUUCACUGUGAGUCAACACAAACAGAUGGAGACACACAUCUGUAGAUUAAAAUACUCAUGAAUAAAGAACUAUCUUCCUCUGUGAAGUUCCCCUUUAGCAGUAUUGAUUAAUAAUUGAAGUAUAAAGGGAAAAAAGGAGUGGGUUGAAAUGAAAUCCUUUCAAGAGCCUGAUAUCCAAUUCCAUUUUUCACAGUUCAUCUGUUACUUUAAUCCUAUCCCAAGUACACUCCCUAAUUUGAUCGUAUCACACUCAUUACAUGGAGAUAGACUACAAAUGGCAUUGAAUAGGCUUAACUUGGCCUUCUAAAUAGGCUUAACUUCAGAGUAAGUGCAUUAGCUUUGUACUGACAUAAAGAGCAAAAUAUUCUGCUUAGUGCAGCUGUUUUUUUGACCGCCUUAUUACAUGGUUGUUUAAGAGAUGAGAAUCUCUUUGAUCAGGAGUGCUGCUUUAACUCCCUACAUUGAAUGAAGACUGAGGUUUCAGGUACCGCUCUCCUUCUCAAUAGCUUUCUAUUCCUCCUCUGUCAGACAUCGACCCAGUGAAUGUGACCCCUGCCCUGCCUCGGGACGCCAUGCUCGGGGACAAGGUGGAGUGGCAGUGUAAGACCAAGGCCUCCGCUAAGCACACCGUCCAGUGGAAAAAGGUAUGCGCAGUUCUUAUCUCAGCCUUUCACUUUUGAUGGGUAGUUGGUCUACUUUUGGAAAUAUCUUCAUCGAAUUCCUCCUGAGCAAUCCCAGAUAUCUGUUUUUAAAAAGCAAAUCUGUCAUCCUCGAAUUUUUACAGGACUAGCUGUUUAUGUGUAAAAACGAUAAAAACAAAAAUGAGGUCUAUCCUGGGGCUUAAGAUUUUGGCAAGUUGUGAUUCCGAUUUCACCAUGAAUCAACUUUUUAUCAACACGUGGUGAGAUAAAUUCUGUCUUCAACUCCACAGACUUUACAGAAAGAUGGAUGACAUAAAAGCAACCAAAAAGUGAAAUCAAAACAUCUAGAGACUGGCUAGACUAAAGAUCGUAAACCCUGGUACAUGGAUCAAACUAUAGAGCAAAAACUCAAGUAAAAAGAAACUUAAACAUAUCUUAUGUCAUCCUAGCUAGAUCCUUAAAAAUUGAAUUAGAUAUUUGAUCCUUUAAUGAGGGCCGUAACACUAUGAUUUACGGCCCUGUUGACGAAUGGAGCUCCUACAGGGUUGUGUUAUACAUCAGCAGAGAUGAGGAGGAAUAAGAGCAGGGGAACAAGAAGGAAACAUAACUAACACCGACACUGUUGCACUUAAACCUGUAUAUCUGAGUGUGUCUGCUUUAAACCAACUCAAGAAGCUGUUGUGUUUUAGAUUGUACUGACCUGAGGGAUUGAUGCUCAUACAGCAGGAAGUUAAACGUCCGUUUUAGUUAUCAGAGGGUGCAGGACACUAAUGCCACCUUAUCAGGAAUCGAUCCUUACAGCGCAAGGUCUUACUUAACCAGUGCAACAUUCAGGCGUCUGCAAGGAGACAUAUUGUCAGUUAUUACAUACUGCAGUCAAUGGAAGACACUUUGACUAACUUUACUCAGAAUGCAGCUGUUGUGCAACAUUGGAGCCCAUAAACAGAAGUAACAAUCUGUCAGAGGACAGUUGUGGCCCAUCUACAGAAGCUGCGUUGUGUGUGACUGAAGCAACUGGAGGGCAGACAUUGAUUUUUGUUCCAUACAGCCAACGAGUACUGUAAAUUGUGUUAAUCAAAUACCUCAAUAUCUUUUAUAACCUUACUAUCAUACGAACAAACAAAAGUGGACUUCCAACGUGUAGAGUCCCUCUCAUUAGAUCAUUGUUCGUGGUGGACAUUUCUAGUGCAGUAGCAAAAUUGUACCCCAUGUAUUGAUUCAUCUUUUAAAGCAGAAAAAAAUCAUGUAUUUUUGGAGGUAAAUAAAAGAUUAUCUGUGAACUCUUACAGUCUAUUUGGAGACGGUGGUAUUCUCUGUUACUGGUGUGUCAGCAGUGUUGCAUUUGAUAUUUCAGUCUUCCUCUGUUCGCCUCUGUUUUUCAUGCGCUGAGUGAUCCUCCAGUGUCAGGCCUGUUGUUGUAGCCUGUGUAUGUACUGUUGUGUCUCCCUGGGAUGAUAGAAACCCACCGGCCGCAGGUUUUCUCGGCAGAAAGCAUGUUUGUUCUCAGCGAGAAGGAGAGGAAUUAGGAGAGACAGGUUCAUCGUGGCUGACUGACUUUGAUGUGCUAUCACGGUGUUUACGAACAGCAUGUGUGAAGCUUCUUCUGCUUUCCCAACAUAGCAGAGAGUCCUCAUGUGAGAUUUCUACAGCGCUGGAUUUCCCUGGAAUUUACACGUGGAGGAAAACAAAAGAGGAAUAAUAGCAGGACCCUCAUUUCUUUCUUUCUUGGUGUAUGUGUUCCUUCAGGGCUCGGAGGUGCUCUCUCAGGACGGCACACUGUCUAUACAAGAUGUUUCCUAUGAUAACGCCGGAGAGUACAUGUGUGUUGGAGCCGUGCCAUCUGUGCCAGGACUGACAGCUCAGGCUAGUGUCAACCUCACUGUAAAAGGUAACACACUUGCAAAAUCUGUAUACACACACAAGCUCGAUGACCUACGUGUUCAACAAACCCCAGGAAAAAGCAACACCAGCACAUCUAUUGUUGUAUUUAAAUGCCUGAAACAAUAAACAGUGGUUCUGGCUGUGUUAAGAACUGUUUGGUCAGAGGAAAGAGAAGCCAAGGGUGCGGCUUCCUACUCUGUUGAUGAUUAGAUUCAACAUGAUAUCCAAUUAUAUCCACUUUAUGCACUGUGAAACAUUAAAUAUGAAUACUUAUUAUGUUUUUGUGGCUGAAAAAUGAUAUAGUUUUCAGAGGUUUGCACUUUUAAAUCAAGAAAAUAUGCUUUUAUUUUGAAAAAAACACUUUGCAGGUAAACUGAGUUUAAAGGGUGAGCAUUUUUGAACAAAUCCUCAUUGUAUAUUAUCAGUUUCUGAGCAAAAUCCAGUGUAUUAUUCAACUCAAAUUGACUUUACAGUUAACCUACUGUAUUCACUUGCAUUUUGAAGACAGCUGGAGGAGUUAUUAUACAGACUCGAACCAGCGUUCGAUGAUUUACAGUGCAUGCACGUGUGUGUGUUUGAGUUUUUUUCUGUGUUUCUACCUUCCUUCACCGCUCUCUCGCUUCCUUUCCAGGAAAGCCGAUGAUCGAGACCCCCGCUGUCGGAGAAGUGGGGAAGGAAGGAGACAUGGUGACUCUGAAGUGCUCUGCCCACGGCUUCCCCGCCCCUCAGUUCAACUGGAAGCCCUCAGGAAAAGAGGUACAGAUGUGAAAACAAGCAAGACGAGGAAGAUACAGCAUACCAUUACCUGAUCUGCUUCCUUUCCUAGUGUGCAAUUUACAGGAGACACUUUGUAAACAGGAGUAAUUGCUUCUUUCCUGGAAGGACUUGCACACAUUUAAACACAAAUAUAGAGGUUAAAACAUGUCCUAAACAAACAGGGCUAUCUCUUACACUGUUUUCAUUACAUUGAUCAUGUGAAGUCGAAGCUAUUUUUCCUGAAACAUCUGAAGUGGGCUGGUAUUGAGCUUCAAAAUACACCGAGUUGAAAGUAGAGAAGCUGCUUUCAGGAGGGCAGAGUGUUACUUUUUAUAUCAGAUUUUAUAUGUGUGCAAUGUGGUUGAAAAGAAAGUCCUCCAUGGAGAAGAUACAGAGGGAAUAGAGCUUCAAAACUGAAGGUUUACAGAGACAAAAAGUUAUAUCAAACUUUUAUGAAGCAAUAUGGAAUAGUAUGCAAGAUCAAAAGAAAGAUAUACUUGCACAACUGCAUGAGCAGAUUGAUGUUUAAAGGAGAAUCAUGCGUACGAAUCUGAAACAAGCAUCUGUUGGGUGUCAAAAAUGAUGGUAAUCAGAUCUAAAUGUUGCUGCUCAAAAUACAGUAUAUAAGCAGAGGAUCAUAGAGGGAUAUGGUGAAUAGUAUGUCUUGUGUUUUUCUUCCUCUACUUCCAGUCCAUAUCAGUGGAAGGCAAUAAGUUGGUGAGCAUGGUGACCCUACAAGCCACAGCUGAGGUCAUGAAGGACGGGGUGACCUGCGAGGCUUCCAAUGAGCAUGGAACAGAUAGCAAGACCUUCCUGGUAUCUCUCAAACGAGGUCAGUAUCUGGAGGUGAAAGGAGAAUUUUUUUCUCCCUCUUCUUCGUCUUGUUUUCGUCUUUGAUGUUCAGUUUUUGCUUUGAAUCCUAAAAAUCAAUUGAAGUAUCGGAAAGUAUCUUCUUUUUUUACAUCCCAAAGGUUUUACUUUUGAACUCACAGGGUUUGAUGGUCUAAAUUAGUCUGCUCAUAAGUUUACACAAAAUCAGGAUUUGCAAUCUCGUUGUUAUUUGAAGAUUUGUUUUUACUGAACACAAACUGCUAGGCGUAAUUGUAGUUAAGCUAAGCUACUGCUUUACUCCCUUAGUGCCCGCCUUCGAGCGUUAUGCUAAAGUCACACUACAGAUGUGUCAUAGCAACUAAAUUUACAUGUUUGGGCCUCUUUAGCCCUUAGAAUAAGAGUGAUAAGAGUGACGCUAAAGGACUGACGCUAUGGUAUGAGUUACUAAAGCUUUAGCAUGAAACUAGCUUGUAGUUGCAAAGAGACUUUUAGCUCGCGUUUUAGAUCCAGUUUUCUUUCGCUGUUUUAUUCGCACUGACUCUUUCAUCUUAACUCUGCCCUCUUUUUGCUAACCGCUUUAAAAUGACUUGAAUCCAAAUUUUGAUCUAACCGGGUUCAACCCAAUCCAGGUUUCUCGUGCGCUUUUACUAGCACCUUAACAUGCUAGCUAAAGCCUUUUUCCCCCUCUCUUCUCCUCUCUUGCAGCAAUUGACAACUCGGCCGACAGAGGUAGAGCCUUCUCCCUUCUCCUCCUCCUCUCCUCCCUCCUACUCUCAGGACUCUUUUAUGUACAGACCCUUUAAUUUAGAAAUUCCCCCCACCACCCAACUCUUUUUGCACCGGCCCCUCCAUCACAUAGAAACACACACAAACACACACAAACACACACAAACACACACAAACUCUGCUGUACUGUAAUCUUGUAUAUUUGCCCUCUUGCUACCGAACACUGUGGAUAUUGUAUAUUGUUAUUCUUCUUCUCUUGUCACCUUUGUAUGAUGUCUGUCCUAUAUUUUGUGGAUGCUACUACAACUUUUUGUGGCCCCUUGGGGACAAUAAAGUACUCUAUUCUAUUCUAUUCCUUCCUUCCUUCUCUUGUUUCCUCACUGUGUCUCCUUUUUGGUCAUCUCUACUUUCCGACUGCCUUCUUUUUCCUGGCUUUACCUUUUCGUCGUAUCUUCUCAUUGGGGUGUUAUGUGUAGGAUUUUCUAACCGUAGCUUUUGUGUGCGUACACUGUCAGUGGCAUGCGUUGUGUGAUUGUUGCUUCGCUUUUGCUUUGCUACUCGAACUGAGAAACUCUCUUUCUCUCAAAGUGCUGCUCUCUGGAAACCCUGUGCUUACGUCAGGUCUGUAUCGCUAACCCUCUUAACAUGUGUAUGGCGUCCGUCUAGAACUGUAAGUCGCUGUGUGUAGUUAUGUCUGUGUGCACACAGAGGUUAAUGCAUUUGUGUUUACAAGAGCUCAAGUGUUUGUGUAUCUGUACUUGUAUCACUGUAGCUGAGAGGACAGACAUGAGGAUUUGGUUUUUGUGGGGGGGCAGUUAAUUUUUCCCAACAUGCAACUAAACUGUUUCUCUUUUUGGCGACUGAUUAAAUCAUAACAUUAGAAAAUAAUGAAUAAUGAAACUUUCACAUAUAUAGACCUUUAUUUUGUACCCCAGGAUGACUUAAAAUGUGAUAAAUUUGGUUUAGGAUUAAUUUAGCUUGACAGUUUAGGAAAAGGAAGUGCCGUUGACCAUGAUAACUGUAGAAUAUACAAAAGCUAUGCACCAGCUGAGUCAAGUUAACUUAUGACCAUAACUUUUCUGAUAUUUGAUGGUUUGCAAAUCUUUAAAAUCCUUUAAUUAAAAUAGUGCAAGGGCAGACAAAGAGAAUAUCGAAACUGAAAAAAAUCCUAGAUAAUAUAUAGAUACUGUCUUUUGAAAAAUAUAUGCCCCUGUUGAAUUUGAUGCAAGCAACACACUUGAAGACACACAAAAAAAUAUGUAAUGCUAAAAAAGCACCUGGAGGGUCAGCUUCCAACAAAUAACAUUAAUUUGUAACAGUUAAGAAUAUCUGAGUGUAUAAAACCCUCAGAAUUGAAGAUGGAAUGAGAUGAACCACUCUGUGAGGGACUGGGUAAGGAAAUAGAGGAGCAAUCCCAGAAUAAUGUUGACCCUGAGCCUGAAUUUGGAGAGAAUUUGGGAUUUCUAUCAACUAUAGUUCAUAAUAGAAUCAAAAGUUUAAGAGAAUUUUCAGAAAUCUUUGUAUAAAAGGAAACAAGAUACUGAUCCAUGGGUCCCCAAGUGGCACUGCAUGAAAAAGACAGACAUGACUCUGCAGUGCAAAUCACUGCAUGGGCUCAAAGUAACAUUCAAAAACUACUGCUUGUGGACAUAGUUUGUAACUGCCUCCACAAAUGCAGGUCAAACUUUACCCUGCAAAGAGUGAAAACAUGUUUAACCUUGAUCCAGAAAUGCUGGUAACUCCUCUGGGCCCAACUAAAAUGGACGAAGGUGAAGUGGAAAACUAUCCAGUCGGCUAACAAAUCAAUAGUUGAGAUUCUUUUGGAAAUUAUGGACGCGGCAUCCUCUGAUCUAAAGGAGGGAGAGACCGCCCCACUUGUUAUCGGGUCACAGUUCAAGAGGCAGUAACCCUGAUAGUAUAUGUUCAAGUCUAGUUUUACACUCCUGUGAAGGCUCCCCACAAUUUUUCAGUUUCAACAUUAUAUAUGUCGUCUUUGCAUUGUUGUCAAAUAAUUAAAGGGUUCAGUUGAUUUACAAACCAUCCAAAUCUGUUAUUGAUCAACAUUUUAUACAGCAUCCCAGCUCUCAUGGUGUUGGGUUUGUGCAUGUAUUGUUAUGUUUUAGUAUAAGAAGAAGAACACCAAAUCUGAAAUGAAGGUAGCAUGUUUGUCCUCACAAGUAUGGUGAUACAAGUGUAGGUGGAUGGGUGAGUAUGUUCAGUGUUGUUUUCUGGCUCUGGUCAGCUGUGUAGUUUUAUUUGUGUAUAUUCAGACCCUGUUUUAGGGUCACAUCACUUUUCAGCCAUUGCAUUCAAAAGUUAGUCUAACUCCACAUCCCAAUCCCCCCCUCCCUCCCCAAUCCUUUUUUUCUCCACCCAUCCAUCCAUGCAACCGUGCAUUGUCUCCUUCUGGACCCCACCCGUUCCUUUCCUCUCCCUCUCCCCAUCCUCCCCUCCCCGUGUCGUUUCCUCUUCUUUUUCCCAAAUUAAAUUAACUUCCUCUUCCCCCCUCCCCCCCACAAAUCCAAAUAAUCACUCCACACCCUUCACGAUGCCCCCACCAAAUCAAAAAAAUCACCCCCGACUCCCUCCCUUUCCUUCACUAUGAUCAAUCCUUCACCUCCCCACGUCCUUCCUCCCACCUUGGUCCAUCCCACCUCCCCUCCACCUCAACAUCCAUCCCUCCAUGUGUCCCUUCGUUGCGGCGCUGUAGCUGACAAGCAGCAGGGAGGUUCCAGCGGCGUGGUGAUAGCCGUGGUGGUGUGUGUUCUGCUGCUCCUGCUGCUGGUGGCCCUCAUCUACUUCCUGAACAAGAAGAGCAAGCUGCCCUGCGGCAAGAAGGACAAGAAGGAAAUGUGAGUGGAUGGGAGGGGAGGAGAGGGGAGGGGGAUUAAUGUUUGCAGUGAUUACCUCAUAUGUCUCAAUUAUCAAUCACAGCAGCAUUUGCUUUUGGAAGUUUAUUCUUUACGACAAAGAAUGAAACGUUAGUCUCAAAAUACUGAUAAGAAAAGAUUGAAAGUAUGCUCCGGCAUGUUGAUGAACCGUCUGAGAAACAAAGAGAGAAAAAUACUGAGCAAAAAUAAAAGCAUCAGUGAAUCAGACAUGAAUAAAACCAACAGAAUUAAAUAUUGAGCACCCUCCAAGCAGCUUAGAGAAAAAAGCAUCCGAGUAAAGUUACAAAUCAAGCUGCUUUAUUUUCUCUGUCUGCCAGCUGCCUUUAUUUCUCCAUCUCUAAUAAUUAGACCAAGCAACAUGUGACGGGCUUCCCCAUCCUCUGAAGAAGCCAUGUUUCCACAAAACAAACUAUUGUUCUGGCAUAAUAUACUUCUGCUCCCAGUUUGCAUGCAGAUCUCAGAGAUCAGUAAAUUAAUUUCAACAUUUUUUUUUUUUUUUUCUAUUUUUUUUUUUUUUUUACCAGACUCUUCUUCUUGGCUUUAAAAAGCAAACUACACUGGUUUUUGAACAGCUUGUUACAACAGCUCCAAUGAGAGGCAGGGAAAAAUGGACAGAUACUGACAACGAUGUAAUGUGAUAAUCAUAUAGUAACAAUACAAAUAAAGAAUAGAAAAUAAUAGACCUUUGAACCUUUGGGUUUGCUGGUUUUUGCACAGUAGAAUUUCACUUGGCUGUCCUAGCACUCUGAAAAACGGUUUCAGUCACAAAGUAACUUUACUCUUACUCUAUAAACAGCUCACAGAGUCUGUAAAGCAUCUGGAGUUAAAUACAAGAAGAAGAAAGUUUAAGUUGCAGUUGUUGAUGAAAGCGGCGCAGGGCUGUGAGAUUCAGAGCUAGAGAAAAGUGCAGACUUCUGCAGCUGUCGAGAAGGAACUUCUCUGAAAAAGUAAACAAAAAUGAGGUCAAGUGCAGACUUUGCUGGAUAAAACUGCAUAUUUAGAUCGUAUUCAUACACAGUUAUGUAUUUGACGGGCUUAUCUACAACAGCUCUGCACAGUUAUGGGUCUUACUCUCAGUUUUACCACCUGUGCACACAGGAGAGGUGACUAUUCAAGUAGCUGUUGAGUAGAUCCACAUGAAAUAUGAACAUUAUUAUUGCUUGAAUUGCUUGUUUCUUUUUUUGACAAUGUAAAAAACUUUAAAUAUUCACUUGAACUCUUUUUUUUUCUCUUCCUCUCUUAAUUUAGUGCCAGCGGUGAGGUGAACAACGACAUCGUGGUGGAGAUGAAGACAGACAAAGCAAACGAAGAGGCCGGUCUUCUCAACAAGAGACCGUCCACAGAACAGGUCAGGACACGUGAGGGGUUAAAGGUCAUUGAGCUCAGGACAGUUAGCUCAAGCGACUAAACUUUGCAAUACUAGACCGAUUUUCUGUUUUGAUUGUUCCUAAUUCAUAAAUCAGACAGUGAGUCAGACAGUGAGCAGGGACAAGUCAAGGAUACUUCCUCGAGUGACGAUGUAGUGAAGAAAAACAAAGUCGUUUCUGAACUGAAGGAGUCUCUCCGAUAAAACAGCCUCCAGUUAGUCUCUGUGAGUGUUCAGGCCUGUGUGAUGCAGAUACAGACACUGGGCUCUAUUCAAAGAUUAUCCACGUCUUGAUUUUAUCCAACUUCUCUGGUAUAUGCAGUUAAAUGAGGUACAUGCUGAUCAUUCCUGGGGGAAUAAGCAAUUAGUGGCAACUUAAAGCCACAUAGUCGGAUUUAUUGCAGCACAACAAGGCGGGUAAAAAUAGCCAAGAAGACAGAGACUUGCCUACGAAGAUCCUUUCUAACAACAGUGAUGAGUCUGACAUAAAUUUGGGUUUUACUGUCAGCAGAAACACCUUCAGACGAAUCUGUCAUGCUGAUAACUUGUCUGGAGUCAGUUUUAGUUUAAAAAGCACACAUUUUAAAAAGCUGCCCCUGCAUCGGGCAGCUUGAAGGAGUGUGACUACAGAGUCGUCUGAAAAUGUCAUCAGAAAUAUAAAACAUUUCAUCAUGAGUUUCAUAGUGGAGGAAUAUAUUAUGUGAGUAUAAAACAAGUUUAUGUGAGUUUUAUACGAUUUCUAAAACUACUGACAGUAAACAGUCUGACAUUUCAGGGUAGCGGGAAGAUUUUGCAGACUCAUUUCACUUUGCUUUUGAAACGGAUGAAAUGAAAUGUUAAAGUUAGCCUCUCCGUGCACUAAUGAGCAAGGCUUUUUCCCAGAUGUCAUUAAAAAUUGUCUCCCUGUAAGCAGCUGCGAACCAACGUCAGUUUAAACUGUUCUCUGAAUCAAAUAUUGGCCUGAACAUUUCGUAUUUCUGCGAAUAUUUCAGUACACCGAGUAAGUGGAUAAAGAGGGUGAAGCUUUUAAAGCUUGUAUUCUGUGAGUCCAUGAGCAGAUACACCGUCAUCUACAGUCCAUUUUAGAUCCCAAACAUAAUUAGUUUUAUAUGUUAGAUAUAAAGUCAAGCUUUAAAUAACAGAUCACAGAAAGUUUAUCAAGCAUUGGGUUGAAUAUUUUUCACUCACAUACUGACAAAAUAUUUAUUUUCAUGGCCUCAAGCUCUGAAUGCAGAUCUGUGAAUAUUCGCCAUUAUUUUGUAUGAAGAAGUCAGGUUGUAUAAUCACCAGUUCAGAGCAAGUUUCUUGUUUGUUGCAAAAAAACAAACAGAUCAGGACCAGCUGUUGUUUAAUUCCUGAAUAAUCUGUGAGCAAAUAUGUAGAGGAGAGUGAUUUUUAUUCAUAAUGUCAAGAUAAUUCUUUGGGGAGCAAUAGAUCCAUAUUUACUAUUUUUCUAAUUAGCUUUAUUGUGAAUGUUGGAGGUUUUAAACUACAAGCAUAAUGCUAUCUUUAAUGGCUGCAAAUUACUUACAUUGUUUGUGUUUUUUCUCUCUUACAGUGAUGCUGCAAGACAAUGAACGAAACCGACAGAGGGAUGAAGGGAAGGAGGAGUACAGUUAUGAAGACAACAGGGCUAUUUUUUAUUUACUACACUAGACUGAAGGGGGGCAACAAGAGGUGGAGAUGGGACAUGGGUUAAUUUUGGGGUGUGCACCAUGUUUGGGAUUGGUUUUGCUUGUUGAAGAACCUGUGUUGGACCUUUUUGGAUGGAGUUUGUUUCCUCUACCUUUAAAGCUGGAGCUGCCAUUAAAGAUGAAACUCCAUCCAUCAACGCUACCACAGGUUUAAUAUUAAACAUGGGUAAAUGUGAUAUCACUGGAUGCUAGCAUAAUCAUCUUCUUAAUCUCACUCCUAACUCACCAAUCACAUCCUGGGUCGACUCCUCAGCAGGGAAGAGCACAGUGAGGUGUGUGUAACACAAUCCAACACACAGAGGCUGAAUCUCUCUUAUCUACCCCAAAUGAAACGCAAAAUGCCAUUAAACCUCUGUGUGUCUCUGGAGUGUGUGUGUGCAUACAGUGUAACACUGACGCUCUGCUCUGUCUGGGAGUCUGCACUUAAAUUCUGUGCUCUCUGACGGGUAUAUUGGGAUAAAUCAUCACACUGUUUCUGUUUUAUUCACAUCAGUAAAACGUGAUAUUUACAUUCUCAAUAUUAAAUCCCUCAGCGCACUGUUUGGCACACAUUGCUAUAUCAUUUCCACUCAAAGAAGCUCUAUGCUAGCUUUUUUAGGACUGUUUUUUAAAUACAUUUUUGCCACCUGUGAAUGUUGAUGUACCUUUUAUUUUCCAAUAUCCCUAAUUAGCUUUCCUCAGAAACAGCCCAGAUUCUUAAUAACGCCAAUCCUUUCUCCAAAAUUGCUUGCCUUUUUUAAAUCCAGCUUAAACGACUUCAAACAAGCAAGCUAUUAGGUUGUACAAAUUCGGUUUUUUUUGCCAUUUCCAGCAUACAUGUAUAUUAUGUGAGUACAUUCACUUGUUUUUUCCACCCAUGCGCUCUUUCUUGUCUCUGUAAAUUCAAAUACUGAUUUCCCUGUCUGUCAAGCAGGAGGUGUACUGUGCUAAUGUGAAGCUCAGUGUCUGUGGUGAUUAAGCUACUGGUCUGGGACUCGUGAUUGCAACCGUUUAUUUUUUUGGCUCUUGAAGUUCACCACUCCUGGAUGAAACCAGAACGCAGCAGUAACACCCAGAAAGCCCAAUUAUCAUCACAUUUCUCUGCAAAAGAGGUGGAAUUGGCGAAAUGGUCGACAAUCUCAAACUGUGGCCUGCUGUGUUGUUCUGUCAGCCAAAAGGGUCUUUUAGGAGCUGCCACAUAGUUAUCACAGAUCAUCCUGAUAGAAGAAGAAAUCACGGGCACAGGUUCACUCUGGUUUGAUCUAGCAGGGGGGGAAGGGUUUGGGAGGGAUUGGGGAGUUGUCGCUGGAGUAUGUGAUGUGUUUUUUAUUUCUACCAAAUGAAAGUUUUGAGUGUCGCAGCACGAAUGUUUCUGUGUUUAGGUACGCAAUACUGGCAUUUUUUUGUUCCUCCUCACACUGUCAAAGAGGCCAGAGAGCUCUGGUAGCGGAUUGACGUGCUGUUUUACUUUGUUAAACACUGGAACCAAUGGCCUUAUUUUUUUGUUUUUGUCUUUUUUUGUUUUUUUUUCUAAAGGUCACCUCAAACCACUAUCACUGCCCCCAAGGCUACUUUUCUAAUGUCUGUCUACUGAUCUUGCCAUAUUGACUGUUAGCAAACCUGUGAUGGCAGGUGAAGAUAGAUGAGUGAACUCGGAGCAUCGUUCUUUUUUUUUAUUUCGAUGUUUUAUAUAAAAUUAUUGUGAUAUAAAUUUGUUUUUUAGAGAGGGGAUUCUUAAUUUUGGAACUACUGAGUUUUUCAUUUUCCCUUGCUUUUCCACUCGCUCUGAGAGAAGAGAGAUUUUUUUUUAAGGAUUUUGUUUUCCAAGAAAUUCUCAGUGCUUUACGUCUCUCUCUCUCUCUCUCUCUCUCUCUCUCUCUCAAUACUGUAUACUGUAUAUUUUGUGGUACGCUGUUGUGACCUCUGUGGUGUGUUGUUGUAUCUUAUGUUUUUUUUUUUUUUGUUCCAGCUGUGUAGAAUUUAUAAUGAAAAAAAAAAACAACAAAACCAAUCAAA